AUGCGCACCACCAAAGGUGAUAUCAGCUGGAGAGAUUUGGGAAAGGGGUAUCUGGAUAGCUGUCUUUUUAAAAAGAAACCUCAUUGGUUAAUCAUGGCUUCUUGGGGUGAGAUUUCCAUCACGAAUGAGGAAGAGAAAGAGUUAAUGCUCUCCAUGCACAAGUGUCAUGGUCCCAAUUCAUUCCACUCCAUUAUCGAAUGCAGCUUCCCAUUAAUUAAUUCUAUAUUCACCUAAAGUGUUGCAAUUUUUGUAUAGAUACAGCACUCACAUCCAGUACAAGCAUAGGUAUUUUUUUCCAGUGAUACAACAUCCCAUUUGAUACGUUCAGGUUAAAUCAGUUUUGGAAUAUGCAAAAGCAAAUAUGUCAGAUCGAGAGAAAUCACUGGAUGCUUUUCCAGUAGGAAAUUUGUUCCAUGACAUUCCAAAAAGAAAGAAAGAAAGGAAGAAAGAAAGAAAGGAAGGAAGGAAAGUUCUCUCUCCCAAGUAUAAAUAAAAUGCUAUACCGCUCAUGGAAAACAGACAUCUAUUAACUCUGCCCGCCCACCCCACUGUACUAUAUACACAGAAACAAACAGUUCUGAAGCUGUAGGCUUUCAAAUAAUCCACCAACCUUUUUAUCCUUAUACUCAUCCAGAAGAUCGGAUACAUCUACUUUAGACCAAGAACAUUCAAAGAAGAAUUUAUGUCUGCCAGUCUUCAGUGCUCAAAAGCCUUCAGAGUUUAUAAGAGAGAUCAGUGAUAUGGUAAAAAGGCUCCAGAUGCAAAAGGGAUGAAUAGAUAUUUCUUCUUAAAUGUGUUCUGACUUGUUAAGGCUGUAGGGGGAAAAACAGAAUGCAGUUAUUUUGAAGAAGCAAUAUUGUUCAUGUAAGUCUAAAACAACAAUAAAAUACAGGGCCACAAAAUUAUACUAUAGCAGCCUUCCAGGUGCUUUGGACUACAUCUCCCAUCCUCCCUGAUUUUUUACCAUGCUAGCUGGGGCUGAUGGGAGUUGUUGUCCAACACCUCUGGAGGGCACUAUGGUGAGGAAGCUGGGAUAUAGGAAUGCAACUGUAUUGAUUAGCACUGUGCAUCUAUAAAUGCCCACCCCCAACUUAAUGUUCUCUUUUAAAACAAAUGGUGUAAACUUGGAAGACAGUCAGUGUCAGCCAUUUAUCUAUCUUUCUAUCUAUCCAUCCAAUCCACUUCUACACAGUAACCUCCACUAGAAUAACAACAAAGAACAGCUGAUAAGUGGCGGGGAUAGCAUGGGUAGAGGCUGCUUGUUAUGAAUUCUCCUACAAUAUGUUAAUUUGAUCAUAUUGUACACAUUUUUUUUCAAAUCAACAGGUUACCAUUGGGGGUUUCUCUUAUAUCGCUUCUCGGCCUUUUGGCUAAGAUCAAGUGUAGUGUAGUAUCAGUUUUUGGCAACACAGGUUUCUGCGGCUUAAAAUAACAAUUAUUUCACCUCCUCUUUUAUAUAUUCCAGUAAUAUCACUUGUGGAUUUGCAGUUGCUACGUAUAAGGGGCCCAGAAAUUCAGAACUUUGGGGCAGCUCAAGAAUAUAUGUAAGUAAUUCUGCCCUUUGUGUCCUACAUCUCCAACAAUUAUUUUGAGUUAUCUCAUUUAAUUUGUUUGGGGUAAGGUGCCAAAGAUAUUGAGUUGGUUUUUUAAAAUCUUUAAAAUAUGUUUAUAUUAGUUUGGGUUCAAAACAUUUGGGGCUUUGCUGCGCAUAUUUGUAUGUAAUGUUUACUUCUUCCCCUUAGUUUAAAAAGUGAUUUGACAAUUAGGCAAAAAGAAGAAAAUGUAUGAGUUGCUACUGAAGUACAUGCUAUUUUAUUUUUUUAAAGGACAUGCACUUUGCCCUGUGCAUUCAUUAUCCUGUCUUCUGAAAAGACUGCCAUUAUAUAGAAAAGAUUAUCUAUGCUUUAGGAAAGAAGCUUUUUAAAAUGUUUCCUCCCAGUGAAAUCUUGAACUCAGUAUUUAAGAGGGAAGCUAAGCUGAUAAGUGGAAAGUAGACUGAAUUUAAAAUAAAAGCUUCCACGUCUUCCUCCCCUUGAGAGUAUAUUUAGCUCACAGCAUACAAAUAAAUAAAUCUUCAUUUAAAUUGAGAUGCAGUGCUGUUCAAUAAAAGUGAUGGUGUCAGCCUUGAUAUGAAAGGUUCUACCCAUAAUUCUGCAUCCCAAGCACAACAUUUCCAGUGCUUGGCUUGGGAGCUUUCUAUCCAUCACUAAGCAAAAGAAAGGAAUGAACAUCAGUAGCCUUAGGAAAACAUCUAUAUGUUCACUACUAUUUACUGACUUGGAAUGUGUAUGAAGUAGUUAAAGCAUGAUAGCAAAGUCUGUGUUCAAGGCAUACAUUUGUUCUCAACAGAACAAACACAGUUAAAAAUAAAUAAAUAAAUAAAUAAAUAAAAGAAACCAGACUUGAUUUCAGCUGAACUUUCCUGCCUUGGAUACACACUGAUUUAAUUUUACUGCUCAGCAGCCCUCCGUGCCCCAUCCCACAAUGUUAACGAGUGUUUCCCAUCUCUCUAGAGAGACUUUUAGGGGAACGCAAGUGGCUGCAGGGGAGGAGGGAGCAGGAAACUCUAUUUUCUUAAACUUCCUUAAAUUAACUUACCUUAAGAUCGAAUCCAUUAUCUACCAUGCUUCUACUGCCACUAGUGGGAGCCAAUGAGAGCAAGGGUUCUACCUCUUUAUACAAGAUGACCAUCUACUUGAACCCUCUCAUGCAGUGUUCCAGCAUUUGAGGAUAUAGCAUUGGCUAGUCUCCCAGUGAACAUACUCAAGGGAAUCUCUCUAAACGAUGGUGGCUGCUGCAACUGUUGUUGGACUACAGUUAGGUGAGCAGCAGCCAAAAUGGUGUUCUCCAACCAUUGUUGGACUACAGUACCCAACAUCCUCUAUCCCAGAGCUUUCCAAACUGUGUGUCAUGACACAUUAGUGUGUCGGCUGCAGUGUGUAGGUGUCUUGCAUGAACGCUCCCCACACUCCUCCCAGGGCUGGAAAGGGCCUAGUUUAACUUCCGGUUUGCUAAUAAAACUGAACUACUGUGUCGUGAAAUGAUGCAUGUCUAAAAAGUGCGUCACCAACAUGGAAAGUUUGGAAAGGUCUGCUCUAACCACUGACUAUGCUGGCUGGGGCUGAUGGAAGUUGCCAUCCAGGCGGAGAAAGGCUGGUCUGCAUGGUCUCUUAGUAACACCAAACUAGCAUGUACAAUUGUUUUGAAAUUAUUAUCAAGACUGUAAAUAUUAAAUGAUAUUUUUUUCUAAAAAAAAAUUCACAGCAAAAAAGUAAUCCUGUAAUGUAUGAAGCUAUAAAGUACAGACAUUUUUCAAGUGGGAUCUGUAACAGCAAUGAAGCAAAGUUGUAUGACUUGUACAAAUAACAAAUGAUAAAUGUUAUUGAAGGGCUUUAAUACUCUAACCAAGGUGUUUUUGCUCAAAGUAGAUUCUCAAAGGGCGUUUUGAGGUCAUAUUAAUGCAACUUUCAGAAAUAUGUUCUGCACACCUUUAUUCUAUUACACAACACAGCAAACAUUGUAUCUUCACAUUCUUUUUUUAAUCUACAAUCUCAAUGGAAUAAUGGUUUGGGAUUUGUUCAUUUUAGGAUUUUAUUAUGGGAUUUAAUGAAUUUUUUUUGGAACUGAGGCAACCACAAAGUUUUCUGAAAAGAUUAUUGCAAUCUAAUCGAGUCAUGAGAUAAGCACUCCCCUCUUCUUCUCAUGAUGCUUCCAGAAACAUAAAUAUUUACAACUUUAUCUACUCUGAUUAUUCAUUCUUUGCAGAAGCAUCCAUAUUUUCUGAAAGCAGAUAAGUACCAAAGAAAUGAAUGCCAUUUUGCUUAGUUCCUAUCAUCAUGAAGAAUAUGGGCCUAUUAUCAGGAAAUGCUAUGAUCUGGAAAUCCAUCAUAGCAGUCCUACAGAAAAGCACAAUGUAACUUGGAGAGCAAUGCCCAUGGAACACUCCUGAUAGCAGAGCAUGUGCUAACAGAGCAAGCAUGGAGGCUGCAGAGGCACCAGCUAAGGAGUCAGGUCAUGUUCAAGGCUCUCUAGGCCAGCUGCUGGUGAUCAGUGAACCACUCUGCCUUAGGCUGUCAGACAGGAUUCCUCAGAAGUUCCUCCUAGACCAGCAGGUCCUGUAUGGUCACUGCCAGGACCAGGGCCAUCUUUAGCAUAUGCGCUGCCGGGGUGCAAAGAUCCACCCAGCGCCCCAAAAUUAACUUUUAUUAUGCUUAUGUCAGACACUACGCUUACGCCUUAUCUCUUGUUUACAAAAGAAGGGAGGAAAAAGAAAUGUGUUUCUCGUUUAGCAUUCAUCGUAAAAUGAAGAAAAAAUGCAGCUCACAGAAUUCAUUGUGUGUGCUCUAGGUGCGUUUUUGCGGAAAUGGAAAACUAAAAUCGCAUGCUGAAAUGCAUGUGUAGUAGAGCCCUAAGUACAUAUAGUUAGUCAAAGAAAAUGCCGACAAUUAGUGAAAAUAAACACUAUUUUUUAAUGAUUUCUCAAAACGAAUUUGAACUGUAAGUGAUGAAAUUAAAAUGUGCUGUUGUGAAUGACAAGCGCCGCUGCUGGCGCAUCGCGUCUUUGGUAAAUAAGCACACAAAGUUGAAAGUCCUUUAGUGAAACAGUGGGUAUAUAUUUUGGUAAUAACUAGGUAUAUAUGUAUUUUGUUUUUCUAGCUUGAUGAAAAUUAUUUAUUAUUUCAUAACAGAUAGAUGGUUAAGAGCAUAGGCGGCUUCAGCGGCGGGUGCCUGGCGCCCCCCAGAAUUCAGCGCCGGGGUGUCCUGCACCCCUUGCACCCUCAGUAAAGACGGUCUUGGCCAAGACUCCCACAAGCAACUACCUGUGAACCUAAAGAACCAGAUGCCACCAUCCACAGCUGUUCACAGAUACAGUGGCACAGGGAGUAUACCAGGAGUGAGACUACGGAGUGGAGGAGGAGUGCCUGUCUUCAGGCCAGAUGGUUGAUUCUCUGACAUUCUCCACAGAGGAGUAAAACAACUUCUGGGGAGCUGUAAAGUGGCCUUUUGUGGCAUUUACAGUUUGCUUCUGCUGCAAAUGUGCAAAGCCACUAUUUUCAGACUGUAGUCCCGGAGAGCAAAAGUCUAUCACAGCUGUUACAUCUGCCUUUAUCUGUUGUUUUAAGAAUACAUUUUUUUGCAAUGUUCUCCUAGUAAACACUGCUAAUUAGAAACAGUAGACAGAAUGCUGUUUAAAAUCCUAAUAUGUAAUCUUAAUGCACCAAUACUAUGUAAUACUGGAGCCCCUUAUGCUGCUGUUAGAGAUCUCUUUCCAGCUGUCAAUGGAUAGCAUCCCUGGAUUCCUGCUAAUUGGCUGUACACCAAGGCAAACAUCUCAGCUAAUUUGAGAACAUAGUACCGAUUAGUUCUAGAUAAAGUAUGAAUAUUUAUAAAGAAAGAACCAAUAAUGAGAGAAAGGCAGAGAUGGAAACCAGCAAAAAAGGGAGAAAAAACACCCUUUCAGAUGCUUUAAUAAGAUUUUUAAUCCUUCGAGCAACUGACAAGAAUAUUUAACUGUCAUACUUUCAGAAUGGAAAAGACAAAAUCAUCCUUGUGUAUGAUCUUUGUUCCUAAAUAAAUGCUUAGGGGAUUUAGAUUUACAGAGCUUUUCUUCAGGCACAAAUAAAAAUAAAGCAAAUGGCUUUUAAAAUUGAUGGCUUGGAUGCCAAGGUGCUCUUGUAUGAGCAGAAACACACCUCAGCUUGUGCAAGCCCCCUGCUGAUUUCCUCUUCCAGCUCCAGAGGGUUCCCCAACCAUCAGAAACUUAUUUUUAGAGGCACACGAACCUCCAAGGACAAGGGAAGUGGGAAACAUUCAAUUAAGUUCUCGUCCAGCCAGAAUAUCUAGCUCAGAUUGGAGGAAUAUAACAACAACAUGCCAACAAGUCUAUUAUUCAGUUGUUUCAUCCCCCCCCCACUUUUUUUAGAUGAGGCAGUCAUUCUUGCAAUUAUUUUGUAUUGCUUUACAAUACUAUAAGUUGUGCGCUGCUUUGAUAUAUGAGUGGGCAGUAUUUUUUGCUCUAUAAGACGCACCCGACCAUAAGACGCACCUAGUUUUAGAGGAGGAGAACAAGAAAAAAAAUAUUUUCUCUCUCUCUGCACAGCGCCCCUUCAGCAAAGCAGCAGGAGAAACAGAGCCCCUUCCAUUUCUCCUCCCGCUUCGCUGAAGGGGCGCUGCGCAGAGAGGGAAAGCUGCGCAGCACCUCUCCAGCGAAGCGAAAACAGGAGAGUGAGAGGGAUUGGUGUGGACCGAUCCCUUUUGCUCUCCUGGCUUCAGGCGGCUUUCGCUGAAGCCAGGAGAAGAAGAGGGGUUGGUCCGCACCGACCCCUCUCGCUCUCCAGGCUUCAGCGAAAGCAACGCGAAGCGGGAGGAGUGCAGCGGGACGUCCCACUGCGCUCCGGAGGCUUCCGGCGGCUAUCCCUGAAGCCAGGAAAGCGAGAGGGGCUUCUUUCUAUUUUCUUUCUAUGCUAUUUCCCCCCUGUUUUCCAGCACUCUCUCCCACGAUCUCUCAAAUCCAGACCAAAAUAUCUUGAGUUGAAGCUUUGGGGCCAGCUGGAGGCUGGAGGAUAUGUAAGAAAGCAACGCGAAGCCUCCGGAGUGCAGCAGGAGCUCCCGCUGCGCUCCGGAGGCUUCUGGUGGCUAUCCCUGAAGCCAGGAGAACGAGAGGGGUCGGUGCACACCGGAGGCUUCGCGUUUCUUUCGCUGAAGCCAUGGAGCCUGCAUUCGCUCCAUAAGACACACACACAUUUCCCCUUACUUUUUAGGAGGGGAAAAGUGUGUCUUACAGAGUGAAAAAUACGGUACAUACUUUUAGAAAUAGAAACAAACAAUCAAACAAACUAUUUUCAAGAGCUGAACAGCAGUGUCAAUUUAGUCAGCAAAGGUUAAAAUAUGCUUUUAGUAGCAGGCUAUGGGAAGUGCUUGCAGGCCAUGUGGCACAAUCAAAGUCCAAAAGUGCUCUACAAAAUUGCCAUUUCCUAUGGAGAACCUACAGCUGCCCCCCUACUUAUGCAGGGAUAAUGUUCCGGAGCCCUGCACACAUAAGCGAAAAUCACAUAAGUGGGGAGCACCCUAUAGAAUGCCUCUAAAUGCUAUUUCCCCCCUGUUUUCCAGCACUCUCUCCCACACUCUCCAAUCCAGACCAAAAUAUCUUGAAUUGAAGCUUUGGGGCUAGCUAGAGGCUGGAGAACAUGCAAGAAAGUAGCUGUUGUACUACCCAAUGCAUCAGCUGUAAGGCAAGGAGGCUGAGCAGCCUAUAACGCUGCUGUGCCUCUAGUCUCUUCGGGGCAGUAAUAUAGAUUCCUCAAAUGAAAGAGUUUUUACUAGAGAUGUGUGAUUUUACCAAAAUUUCAGCAUUGCUUAGCUUAUUCAAUCUAUAAACAAUUCAACAUGUGGUAGAAUGGAUAUCAUUGUAAACUGCAGAAAUCCACAUUUUAAAAAACGAGUAAUGUGUUGUUUGCAAACUCUUGGAUUAGUACAUCAACAGAAAGAAGACCUGAGCUCCUAUACAGUAAUAACUUAGCUUGAGUGUGACAACAUUCAUUAUCGACUCUUACCAUGCUGAAUUAUAAUUAUGAAAAUCAGUAAUUUAAUUGGCAUCUACUGCAAUGAAAACAAGCUUAACCAAUGUUAUGAUUGGAGUGCAAGUGCCUCCUUGUGCUUUCAAAACUCAGCCUUCCUAUCAGGUAUUCAGUCACUAUAUAGCUAAACGGCCAGUUGUUAAGAUACACUGAACAUGUUAUAAUGUGCGGUAAUAUUCAUACCUAUAUGAAAAAAAGGAUGCAGAAAACAAACGCUCAUGGAGAAAAUAUAGGAAAAUGCAGCAGAGAUCACCACUCAUGUGAAUGGCAUGCUAGACAAUAAGGACCACUUCACAUAUUUACAAGUUUAAAUGUAUCCAUACAAUGCUUGAAAUGCACACCUAAGAUUAUAACAGGUGAAUUGCAGCAAUUGUGUUUAUCAUACAAGUACCCUUGUUAGGAAACUGUGAUUGGAUGAAGAUUGUUGUAGUGCAAAGUCCUCCUGGCAAAUCUAGGCUUGCCUGAAGUAAUGUAUGAAAGGUUUCUAAUUUUUGUCAGCCUUCUGGCAAAGAACCUAGAUGCAAAAAUACAAUGCAAUCCACAGCUCUGCGCUUUGAUGGGCCAACUUGAGUUACAAAUUGGUGUGCCAUUCACAUGGGAGGAGAGGGAUACAGAGCUCAGUAAGACUGGAUUAUCAAACUAUGAGAAAUGUACUGCUAGCCGGAGGGAAGAGCUAGAUUUAUUCCUGUUGGAAGAACAAUAAAAAUCCCAAGUGAAAAUACUUUUGAGCCAUUAUCAACCUAUGUUAGGCUGUAAAAUACAGAACCUGUUUCAAAUUUCUGCACCAAAAUACUUCUAUCUUCUGAUUAGGUAUUAAUAAACUAUGCUAUGCCAAAGCAACAUCUCAAUUAUAUGCCAUGCCUCAGAAAUGAUCACACUGAAAAAUUAACAUUUAUGUCAUGAAAUGUUUAAAUGACAUGAACUAUUUGAAGGCCAUGAAAUGCCACUAGAGCGAUAUGCUUUGCCACAACACAUUGACCUGAGGUCUUCUGAAGUGGAAAAUGUCAGGCAGGCUGUAUGCUGAAUCAAAAUUUCUAGGAAGUUUAAGGUAUUAACACCAGCCUUCCAGUAAUAAAAAGGUUAAUUUUAGAGUGAGCACUGAAAAAAAAAUAUGGAUGGCUCUCAAUAGAAAAAUGAAAAGGACAAAUUGUACCAUGUGAACUCACCAUAAAGAAACAGUCAAACCCAAAUUCUUGAGACAUCUAGUUAAGUGCUAUAACACGUGUUGCAUGUCCAAGAUUGCAGGUUCAGUCUUCAGCAUCUCCAAUAAAACAAACAAACCAAAGGACCAGGUGAUGGGUAAGAUCUCUGCCUAAGACUCCAAAAAGCCAUUUACAGUAAAACCAGGCAAAACUGUGUGAGGUGGACAAAAAUCUAAGGUGGUGUAAGAUCAGCAUUCUAUUGGCUACUGGAGAUGGUCCCAAUUAUUCCCAGAGAGGGAUCAAAACUGUGUUUUUUCUAAUUUCUUCUCUAGUAAUAGGUACUGCUUGUUACCGUACACACAGGAAAUAUAACAGAGAAAAGCCAGCAGAAGAUAGAACUGUGAGCAGAGCUGGCUAACUAGUGAGGCAGGGUGAAGCACCCAUCUCAGGCCACCCUACCGCUAACACUGCCUUCCAAAACACUCCCUGAAGCAAAAUGGGAACGUGUUGCUCUCUGCUCCACCACUUCCACUGCACAAUGGAACCACUGCACAAUGGAACACUUCCACCUCUUCCCCAAUGAAUGGGAAUGCCUCACGGAAUGCUCCCAGAGUUCUAGCACAUGGCAGAACUGGAGGGGGCGGGGCACAGGGGCGGCAGGGGGCAGCACAUUCCCAUUUCAACUCAAAUAGUGACAUACAGGGUGGUCUUUACCCUGGGGUGCAAGGGGUGUGGGGCACCUAGGCGCCAAUUUCUGGGGGGCGGCAAAUGUAUACCUACUGUAUACCGGUCCCUCUCGAUUGGCAACAGUGAAAAGCAAUGGAGCCAAAGUCCCCGCCCCCCCUCCAUCGUUGUGUUACUCUGUAGCGUCAAGUAUUCCCGACAAGUCAGGAAGCAAAAGCAGACAUUUCCGCUGCGUCGUUGUUACAGCUGAGCGAUUUUCCUCACCCCAAAAAGCUCAACAAUUUUGAGUUCGCCCCCUCUUAAAAAAAGUCAACAACUUUGGCUUCCCUCCCAAAAAAGCUCAAUAAAAGUUAAUUUGGGGGCGGCUAAACUAAAUUUGGGGGCGCUAGGCGGAUCUUUGCACCCCGGCAGCGCAUAUACUAAAGAUGACCCUGGGGAAAUAGGAUGGGCUGCCGCUGAGUGUGAGCUCUGAUAGUAGAAACAAUGACCACAUGACAAUUUGGGUAUAUAAUUGGAUAAUUGAAAAGAUGUAGAUUUUGGUGGUUCACAUGUAUCCAAUCCAUUUCGUGCUCACUUUGGGGGUGGUAUUCCAUCAUUUUAUCUCUUGGGCUACACAUAGAUCCUUUGCUUCUCAGAAAACUUCAAUGAAUCAGUCUGCUAGUGUGGUUUUUUUACACUAAAGAGUGUCAAUAUAUUCCUGUGGUUAUUUCAGUGCUUUGUGGAGCUCCUAUUUGAACUAAUGGAGUGUUGUUGGAAUUAAAUGAUGCUUGAGCUAAAUUCUUACAAGUCCUUUUACAUAUUCCAAGAUGUGUUCCUAAUGCAGCUAUAUUACUGGAAACAGGAUGAUGUCCUUUUGAGAUAAGAGCUUGAUUGGCAGCCUUAAAACUUUGGUUUAAGAUCUUUGUCUUUAAAAUACCAACUUGGUGGCUACCAUAUUUACCCAAGGAUAGAUAUGAUAGUGUAUACACUAAGUCUAUUGCCCAAAAAUCUUGUUGCAUCCUUCUUUCCUUCUUCAAAUGAUACUUAAUUCUGCACUAGCUCUGGUAAAACAAAGAUUCUAGGAUAUUUCCUUUCAGGACCCUUUGGUUCACAUGUAUAACCUGCUCACAUUGCUCCUUGAGCAUUUCCUAUAAUAUUCUUUUUCAGUUAGUUGCUUAUUUUAGGAAUUCAUGUGUAGCUAAAUACUGCAGAGCUUUUACUCUGGCCAGAUUGAAUGUUUCAUCAUUUCAAAUGCUCUGGGGUAGCUAUGCUGCUUUUCCUCUCUCCUUAGAGGUAUGCCCUAGAAACAACCAGGAGGUGGAAUGUGUGGAACGUGUCCUUCCUUCUGUUUUGCAAUUUCUACACUGGAGCUUUUCAGCAAAUGAUUGGUCUUUUAUUGGCCAAAUUACCAGGAAGGUUAGCUCAAUUCCAUGUUAAAUAUUUGCUGGGAGCAAAAAUCCCAUUGGUGACAUUGAUAGAGGCUAAUAUUUUUUAUCUGUGACAGUGAGAAUUAAGGAGGAAAUAACCACCAAAACUGGAGCAACUAUUCCCAGGGACUUAACUGAGGUUACUUAUUUUGUAUACUACUGAGCUUUUCUUCCUUUUUGCACUUUUUGGUGCAUAUCCUGUGUAUCAAAUUUUGGUGUAUUCUAUGGUUAAUUUUUGGUCUUGUUUCUGGUCUGUUGACUGUAAUAAACUGAUGGUGAUAAUUUCAUGUUCACUGGGAAAAGGUGGACAUUUUAAAAAUAUUCACAAUUCAGAUCCACCACCAUACUUCCCACCCCCUGUGCAUGAGUAGUGAAAGUGCUUCAGAAUGUGCAGGGAGAGAAAAUCCAAUUGCAGCCACACAUAAAGUAGUGGUUUGGAAGCCUUCUCACACUUGGGAUUGGGCUUUGGGGCUGGGCUUGAAGGGAAGUGCUUAAAAGCUCCUCUGUGUGAGUGGAACAGCUUUUUCAACAGGUUUGGAUCCCGGCCAAGGAAAAUCUGACAAUAUGAUUACAAAGCAUUUCAAGCUUUGUAAUCAAGGUUUCUGCAGCUCUGUUGCUCACCUGAAGGAUACUAUAUACUACGGGCAUUAUAUAGAAAAACAGUCCCACAUUCCCAUUGUUGGCAACAGUGCUUAGCUUUCUUGUUUGUUUAUAUUAAGUGGUUCCUGAAUAGUUUGCAAAUAUGGUAUAUUAUGCACUGAAACACUGAGCUUUCCAGGCCAUUUUUUUAAAAAAGAAAAAAAUCGUUUCAGAGCUUGCGUUUUGUCUUCAGAGACUGUUACUUCGCUCUCUUUUUCAUUCCUUGACUUCAAAUUUAUAGUCUUCCAUGCCUUCAGUGCAGAAAAUAUUCAACUCAAAUUGUUUGGUUGUGGCUUUUGUGGCCUAUGGAGAAACUGCCAUAUGCAGUCUUGGAUAACAAACUGCUCUAGUUCAUCUAUGGGCAAAAAUACAUAGGUUUACAACUCGAUUACUGGCUCCUUGGAUGGUAAUAUAUUGUUGCUUUCUGUUCCAAACUGGAGUAAAUCAUGACUAAAUCAUUUUUUAAAGUAGCAUAUCAAUCCAAGUUCCUGACAGCUGCAAAUUAGACUUCCCUGAUCAAAUGAAGUAGGGAGGAGGGAAAGGGGGUUAGUUUAAGGAAGCUGAAUUGUCAGGCAAAUUGCAGCUGGAUAAUUUUUAAGAUAAAGCUGGCCAACAUUGACCCACAGAUUAGAUUUUCCAAAGACAAUAAGAAGAUUGAUAUGAUCUAGUUCUUUGUACUUUGAAGGGGGAAUUAUAGGGCUCGCAGUAAGGGGAACAGGAAGGAGGCAGAGGGAUGGAUUGAAAUAAUUUUAUCAGACACUACUUUUUAAAAUGAAAUAAGUAUACAACACAGUAAUAAAUAUACAGCAAUAUUGUUUAGGCUAAUUUGGAAAAAAAGGUUCAUUGUUUUAUAGUUAAUUUAAAUAAUUCUGAAUUAAACAAAUGGUAAAAAGUGAAAAUGAUGCAGGGAAAUAUAAAAUAGUUUCUCUUCAGAGUUUAUAAUAUUAUUCUACCUCUUUUCUCCUGUUACUUCUUCCACUAUGAAUACAGCACAGAGCUGUCUACAUUUCUGACUCCGCUGUGGCUCAUCUAAAUGUUAUGUGAGUUUUGAGAAGUGAGCAAUGGUAGAGAUACAGUUUAUUAAUGAAUAUCUAAGUGACAGAAAAAUCAAAAGCAGCAUUGUGCUUAGGCUCCAUCCCUCCCUCCCGUCUCUGAUUGUGACCUGAAUAUUAACAAAAAGAAGACAAAAUACUUGCACAAGCCACAUCUUCUACAAAAAAAUAUUUUCUUGGUGCUGAAAUAAAUGUUCAUUGUGAAUAAUACUAUGCCUCGUUGUAUUAUUCUAUCAAGCACUGAAAAUGAUUUCAUUUUUAUUUCCCUCUCUCAUAUUGCAACCUGUCAACAAUAUCAACAAAUCAGAUUAACAGUCCAAGGGGCAAACAAAAGGAGAGAAGAAAUGGUUGGCUUUGGUGCAUCUGGAAUUCAACUGAGCAAAGGUACAGAAGGAGUCUAUGAAUAAACCACUUGCUAUUUUCACUAUGGAAACAUCAGUACCUUUUUGGUCAUAGACAAAUCUGACAUGAAAGGUAGUUUUUCAUUCUUUGGAAUCUGGAAAAGACCACUUGUAACUUAACCAAUGUUACUUCCAUCACAUUACAAGCAUGCCCUGUCUAUGAGUGUUCAGCCCACAGUCUCAGAAGUACUUUUGAUUUUGAUUUUGUUUUAAAUAUGAACAUUUAAUACUAUCACAUUAAAUGUGCUGCAACACUAACAUCUCAUAAAUACGUGUGAGCCACAAAUAUUCUGGAAGGAAUAGUGGCAUUGGACCAUGCUAAGUUUCUGAAAAAAGAAAAGCUUCUCAAUAAUAAUACUAAAAAAUAUCAUAGAAUUGUAGAAUUGGAAGUGUUCUUGAGGGUCAUCUAGUCCAACCUGCUGCAAUACAGGAAUCUCAACACGCGGUCCCCCAUCCAGCUUUGCAAAUAUGCCAACAGCUUUAUUGCUGCACCACUAGGAUAGAAACACCAUUUAAUUCUUAAAUUCCAGAAAGGUAACUGUGUGUUUCUGUUGCUACAAAAAGCAAUAGCCGUACAGCCCCUUAGAAUCUAUGCUUUCAUGAUCCAGAGCCCACAUCUCAGAUUUAUAUACUGAAGUGGGUUCUUUUUCUUGAAAAUCUAUGCCGCAAACUAGAUGUGAGAUUAAAUGCAUUACUUGCAAAUACAUCAGGUUAAAAAGAAUAUCUUAGCAGGCAUGAGCAGGUAAAAGCCAUAUCACAUAGGGAAGGGAAGCUUAAUCCUUUCUUUCCUACCAUGGUUUUGUGUGAACAUUAAUUGCAUAAAGAUGCCAGCACUCUAUAUCCAUCAUAGUCAAUGAUACCCUGGUACAAGAAGGGACUUAAUAUGUGCAACCUGUACCAAACUGUACAUUUCCAGAUUUGAAGACAUUAGGGAUUUGAACACAUUAGGUAUACCAGUUAUGGUAUACUUUCACUCCCUUCUCCAUGGAUCUCAGUUUCCUCAGUGACCCCCAAGCCAAAUGUUUUCAUAGGAAACCCAAGUACUAUUAUGUUUAUUACCCUAUAACAUUAAAAACAACAAACAAAAUUUAUGUGAUAAAAGGAAAUUAAAUUUUCACCUGAACAAAUAUAUCAAAAGAAUUCUGGAGUUGGCCAACCAAUAUGGUACUAAUGAUGAACCUAUACCUGGCAUUAAUUAUGAAAUAAAUGAUACAUAAUAAAUACUUCCAAACUGAUAUCACAUUUGUAUAGGGCAAUGGCAAGCACUUAAUUUCAAAAGUUUCAGAAUUCCCUGGCCAAGUUUGCAGAUAACCUUAAUUUCCACCCACCCACCCCAAAAGAACCCUGCUGUGACAACUUUUAUUUCACCUAUAUUGAAGAGGAACCUUGAAUGAGUCUGUCAUUCAUUCUGACAGAUGCAUUAAAGACUUCAAAAACUUUAAUUGCAAAUGAAAUUCUUCCAUUUGGAGAACUGUAAUAUGCUCUGCAAUCUCAGCUAUAACUUAAAAUUCAGUAAAUACAGUAACUGAAGAAAAGUGGUGCCAUCAUUUUGAAAAUAAAGAUUAUGGGUUUUGUAAUUCAUGUAGAGCUACAAUACAGCCUAUGAUGUAAGAACAAAAAUAGCUCUUGUAAAAGGCAAUUUGGCCAGAGUAGAUACAGUAAGCACAGUGUUAAAAGGGACAAGUGUAAAUUGCAUGUUUCUAUAUCCUUCUGAAAAGCUCAAAUUUCAGCACCCUUGCUAUUUUUGCCACAGUUUGGGAUGAGAACUAACUGUCCUUUGGCAAUCAGUUUGAAGUAGCAAAGACCAUUCAGUGUUAUUAUAAAAGAAAAUAAAUGUAUAAAUCACUUUGCAGGGAUGUUAAGUUUAGAUGAAUUCAGUGCCCUGAAGUGCAGGUUUACCAGCUGUUUAUUAUAUAAAAUUGUUCCUAUUAUUUAACUGUUAAAAAGCAAUUGCAAAAAAUGUAUGUAAAUAAUGUUGCUUAAAUCUUUCUGUCGCUGGCCUUCUCAGGCAACAGUAGAAAAUACACUUUAAAAGUAUGCUGUCAGUAAAAUCUUAAGUGAUAUUUUCAAAUACAAUCUACAUUUUUAAGAUCCAUUAUAAUUAACAUGAAGACAGCAGUUUUCAAAGAAGCAUUAAAUACUGCAUGAUUUGUGUUUUAAAAGUAUUUUCCUUAUCAACCACUAUAUCCACCAAAUACAGCACUGUAAGCUUUAAAAGACAAAUUGUUUAAUCUAUUGUUCUUUCCGCAGGCUCAGAAUAAUUAGCAGCUCAUUGUACUUAAAAAGGAUUCACAAUCUUUUCUAUACGUAAUUAUAAAAAUCAUUAUUGUGUGAAUGGUGUCUAAGUCUAAUGGCCUCCAACAAAUUAUACUUUUCACCCCAGGAGCAGUGAAGAACAGGAUGGCUUGGUUUUUAAAAAACAGAGUAUAUCAGUUAUAAGAAGGCAAUGGCAGAAUUUUUUUUAAUAUGUAUUCAUACAUGGGGACAUUUGCACAUAUUCAUUGUUAUACAAAGCCGAAUACUGUGCCAAUUGUUUCCAGAAAAUCAAUAUAAAUUCAGUUUAUAAAAGUGCCAUAUAGUAAGCCUUUCUUUGUUGCAAACGUGUUGUAAAACCAACCACACUAACUAGCAUUCACUAGUCCAUGGUUUGUAAACAUAUUCCAAAGGAACCAUUUCUGAGUCAGCUUUUCUGCUUUCCAACCCCUAAACAUGUGCCAUGGAAUACAUGUGAAUUGCAGGGGGCUCUGGAGACAGGGAAAUUGUGGAGGCUGGAAGUUCAAUUCACAUGGAGUACUGGCCAUGAUCCCUACUCUCAUUCCAGAAGAACUUAAAGUCAUUGCAUAUGCCUAACUUUCCAUGGCAGCUGACAUUACAAGUGAAGAUUGGUUGAAGCAGGCAAAUUGUCCUGGGAAACUGUGUCAGCCAUGACUGUCUGCUGUUACUUCUCAUGUAGGAACUGAGCGAUCCUUUGGACAUAGUCUGACAAACACUCUCCUAUUCAGAAGCAUUUUACAGAGCUUGUCAUAAGGCCACAAGGAGUGCCAGGGUCAGGGCUUAGUCAUUGUCAAAUCUAAAUAAUGUAAUGGUUUGAGACUUACUGCAUGAAUCAUUAGUUUAGGUUAAAACAUAUGACAAGAGUGCCCAGCUGGGUCCAAGGGGUGAUCCUGACUAUUUAAAGGAGGCCAUGGAUUGACAAGUCAUAAAGAAACCUGCUGGGGAUCUGGACGGUGUGAAUUACAUCUUCAGCCAUUUAUCUUCCUAGAUAAAAUGUUCAAGCAGGUGCUUUCCUGCAAACUGAUACUGAUUUUCUUGAUAUAUUUCAGGCAGGGUUCAGACCUUUGCCAUUCUCCUGGACCUCCCAGAAGCUUUCAAUACAACUUCCCAUGCUAUCCUUCUGCCACUUACUGGGACAAGGUGGCAGUGUCAGGAGUGCUGGAUUGUCUCUGCCAAUGUGCUUGCACAGCACUGACCUCCCCACUGCCUCGCCCCUCUCCCUGCUGGUAAGUGGAAGCGACUCCGCUGCUGGGAGGUCAGGUGCAUGGUACACCUGGAAUUUUGGGAAGCAUAUUUCUAUCCUUUGUUUUGUCAAUAUGGCGCUGUGGGUUAAACCACAGAGCCUAGGACUUACCAAUCAGAAGGUCGGUGGUUUGAAUCCCCGCGACGGGGUGAGUUCCCGUUGCUCGGUCCCAGCUCCUGCCAAUCUAGCAGUUUGAAAGCAUGUCAAGUGCAAGUAGAUAAAUAGGUACUGCUCCGGCGGGAAGGUAAACGUCAUUUCCGUGCACUGCUCUGGUUGGCCAGAAGCGGCUUAGUCAUGCUGGCCACAUGACCCGGAAGCUGUACACCAGCUCCCUCAGCCAAUAAAGCGAGAUGAGCGCCACAACCCCAGAGUCGGCCAUGACUGGACCUAAUGGUCAGGGGUCCCUUUACCUUUAAUUGCCCUUUAUGUCUGCUGCCCUGCAGAAAAUAUUGUCUUAAUCAGAAACACAAGCAACAUCCACAAUGAUGCAUCCAAGACCUUGAAUUUCCCAAUUUCACUACAAAUAAGACAUUUAGGGGCCACAGAAAGUCCUCUGUAUGCUGAUGUCUAGAAAACAUGGCUCUGAAGUCUUGGCCAGACAUGAGGGCAUUCUUAAAAUAUCUAGAAAGUGAACACUAUGGAAACACUAAAUAAUGUAUUAGUCUGCUAAUCUAUGUGGUACAAACAGCAGAACACCGUCUACCCAAAUUUGUAUUGGUAGCAUUAUCCAUCACAGAAGGUGACACUGCCAUGACAGAUGAGAAGUAUCUGUUUGGAGCUGCAUACUGAGUUGUUUGUACCAAUCAAGAAUGCUGAUCUUCGGAUAAAACUUAUAGUCAAAGUAUUUUGUUAGAUGCUUUAAAAUUUCUUUAUUUCUACUGGGUUUCCAUAAGCAUCACACUACCUGCAGACAGUAUUUAAUGAUAUUUGAGAACUUUUCUUAAUCUUUGUUUCACUUGUAUAGUUUUUAUUGUUAUAUAGAACUGUAGCAUUACUGUGAUGUUUAGUGGUUUAUAAGUAUUCCUAACGAAUACAUAAAUAAAUACAGAAACAUACUUGUUUAUUGCUCACAUACGAUGUAAUCAGAAAUAGAGCCACUUCAGGCAGUGAAACACACCACCUCCGUCUCCAUAUAAAUAUACCAAGGCCUUUGGAAAACAUUUCCAUAUGGUACCACACAGUGAACAGUAUUGUUUGAAAUCCACCUCACAUAGAUGGUCAGAUUACAUUGAGACUCUGUAUCAGAACUGAAUAUCUCUAGCUCUGGUUGCAUGGUGUGGCAUCUUACAAUGUAGCUGAAAUCCUCCAUAUCAUAAGCAAAUUGAAGAAGAUGGGUGGGAUUCAAAUGGAAGAGGAUGGGCAGCAUUUUUUUGCUUAUUCUCCUUUCCCCCUGUUUUGGACAGUCCCCCAGCUCCCAGGAGCUUAUUUUCAUGGAGCCCUAUAUGUGGUAGGGGGAAUCGGGGGGGGGGGAUCCCUCCUGUCCAUUUCCAUCAUCAGCAAACAGCUUCACUGGCUGCAAAGCACAAGGGCAACAAUUGUCUUUCACCCUUAAAUCAUUUUCAGCUGUCUGCAUGGGAAGGACAUUGUUACAUUUGUAUCUGUAAAAUCCUAACCUUCUCAGGAAUAAGGCCUGACAUCUCUUAUGUUUCCUUAACUUCCCCUGCAAAAAGAAGCUUUUCUUUUUAAAUAAAACAUUGGUGGCUUAUUUCUGAUCUUAUCCCGGCGUAAAAAACCACAGAGGCUGAAGGUGUAAAUACGUUACCGAAAAUAAGCCUCUCUUUGCUUACUUGAUUCUUGAGGUUAGGUGUAAAAAAAACAAACCAGCAACCCCCAGGCAAAUAAAACAUUUGAUGGUAGGUAAUUGACUGAGCCUUUUAACAGCUACUGUAAAUCUUUACCAGUUUUUACACUGUGGACCAUCAUGACCAUUUAAUUACAUGAUUCAUAUACAGUGUUGAUCAAGGGAGUAGCUAUGACCUAGAUAUAUACAACAGGGAACAGGAUGUGCAACCGUGCAGCAUGUUUCCACAAAUUUGUGAGAGAAUGGUGUGUAAUAUUGACUGCCCAACGUGGAUUUCUAGCUGCCCAGUUCACAGCCUAUUUAAUAUGAAUUUAUAUCACUGGAACAAUUUUCAUGUUACAGAAGUUUUUUUUCUCGAGGAGAGGAGUGUUCAGUGUCAGCAAGCCUACCCAUGUCCCUGAUCACAUGUUACAGAUUAACAUGCAUGCAAACACGUGUUGCCAUACAAGUGUGCUAUUUCAAGAUCUUGAGCCCAGAUUUGUGGCACAACAAAGGUUAGCAAAGGACCACUGAGUCCCAAUGUGGGUUCAAAAGAAAUUUGUUUAUUACUACACAACACUGUUCAGCCAUGUGACUUGAAUCGCCAGAAUGAUUCCAGAGAAUAAAAUCAUUUGCUGAGACAAUGCACAAGGAUAUAUUUCCUUCAUCCCACUCUGUCAGGACCAACAUCUUAUGUUUUGAAUGUUGCUAUGACAGAAGUAGAGAUAGACAGAGGUGGGGAAUAUUUAUGUUUACUAUAUAAGGAUCUGGGAGGGGUGCUAGGAAUCUGGCAGGCUGCAACAAAGACCUCAGUGCAAUGGGGGGGGGGAAUCAAAUGCAAAUGACACUAGUUAAGAACACAUGAGAGCAGAAAGGACAUGAAAAAUGGGGAAAUGGAGGAGACAGAGGAUCAGAAGAGUGGUUGAUUGGCAUCCAUCAGUCUUGGGAGACAAUGGAGGAGUGCACCCCUGGGGAUGAGUGCUGAUAAUUACAUGUUCUGACUAAAGGACCAGAAGUGGAUUUCUUGAGUUUCAUAGUGACCUGAGAAUAUCAGUCAUGGUUUUAUAUUGGGAUUCUUGAAGUGUUUCAGCAUGAGUUGCUGGAUAUAAGCCACAGUCUGCCUCUCAUUAUUGGCAGGCUGUCCUUCACCCAGGGAACCAUGUAUGGUUCAGAGCUAGCAUUUUCAGAACACUCCCAAAAUAGCACAAAAGUUGAGAAAUUGAAAAAAUGGUACACGUGGUUUCAUGCUCCCUUUGGAUCCUAACUAGACAAGAAAAUUACCAAUGGUGAGGAGGCAAGGGGGACAGGAAGCGGAGGUACAGAAGGGGAGCUAAUUAUAGAUGAGCAAUUUGUCUUAGGAGAAAUCCAAGAGUAUGGUCUCUUGGAGAAAAACACUUAAAAGCCUUUGUUCCCUGUGCGGAGGAGUUGCUUGUGACAAAAAGGUGAUCAUGCAUGAGACUGAGACUAGGAGAGGAUAGGAGUUGAAGGUCUAUCUUUGAGAAAAGGAAAAAGCAACAGAUCACUGUAUCCUUUAGAAAUACACUUUUAUUUUACCAGGUCAAAUUGAUUGUCAGAUAGAGACACACAUUUAAGUUGGCAACAGACAAAUAUAUCAGGUGCAUUGUCAGGCAUUAGAAUACACCUAGAGCAAGUUAAUAAAGAUAGCUGAAGUGCACCAAAGUUUGCUUCCUCUUCAUGCCUUUAUGUCAUGCAUCUUGCAUAGUCACAUGACGAGCAAAGCCAAAGGAGCUUGACUUAACAACCACACUGGGCACCUUGGUAACAUUGGGUUGUGGGGUCAUGAUUCAUGAAAAGAUGACAUUAUAACAAUAUUUAGGUCACCAAAGCAUUCACUCCAAAGCCUUCUCUGGAAUUCAGUAUUUGUAAUAGCAGCUCUGCGCAUACAAGGAGUGUGUUGAGUCAUCCCUAAUAUUGUUUUGAAUGGGGAAGACUUGCCUCUGAAUCAGGGCUCAAGCCGGCAUUUAUUAUCAUCAUAAUUAUUAUUUUUAUUUCUAGACCACCCUUCAUCUGACAAUCUCCUGCAGACAUCUCUCUCUCUCUCUCAUCCUCAUAGUAUUUUUUUAAAAAAAUUCAAACACCAUAAAAUAUAUUAUACAGCAGAAUCCAACUACCAUCUCUGGGUCAUACAUGGUGUUUCUGUCUCAAUUUCCUCCAAAGCUAUGAAGGAAUGCCUGUGCCUUCAGAUGGUGGCAGAGAAAUAGGCAAUCUUCAUCACUAUCACCAUAUGAUUAUAUAUUCUUAGCUGUCUUCAGUCAUAUUUGCUGCAAGAUUUCAGCCACCUGAGCCAUCAUUUGAUUGUUUCAUCACCAGUUACUUCCUUCCCAACCAGGGAGCCAUCCGAGGCCCCUUAACUGGAUACGGCACUCAAGAAUGAUCCUAUCAAUGGCCCCUCCACUUCACUGUUCCACCAUGAGAUCAGAGUCCAACAUGUUUGCCAGCAUGCCAAUUAGAAAUUCCCCCAAAGCAUUCAGGAAUCCUUUGGAUUCUGUAGGUUUUCAGGGCCAUCCUAGUCAGUUUUCCAUCCCUGCAGAGAGAAACUGUGAACAACAAUCCAAACUUCAUCAAUGUUCUGUCCAUGACAAUAGAGUGACUUGAAACCAUGUAUGAUUGGAUCAUUCCUGAAAUGUUUUAUGGCAAAUAAAAACAAAUGAACAAAACAAGAGUAUGACCAGCACAUGUGCUGGACCCAUCUUAUAGAAAAAGACUCAUGAUUGCCUUAGUUAUCAUGAAGUCCAGCACUGAACUUGAAAAGGUAACCCAAAACCCACCACUAAGACCACCUCCAUCAGCUCAGGUUAGGGAAGCUGUUGGACAAUACACCAAUAAAAUUUCUGUUCUGUCUCCGAGGCAGCAAGCCGUUCUUGGCUAUGUGAUAAUAUUUUUUACAGCAGUCAGGUUAGGAAAGAGUUAGCUAUUUAAAUAGUCAAACUAAAGAAGAUAAAACCUGGGGUAAUUUUACCAUCCACUCUCCAUUUCAAAGCUUUUUAUGUGUAGGUUUAUGAACCAUACCCAUUAGACAUAUGGCCAAAUUAGUCUUAAAUAGCUAAUCUAUUUCUAAGUUGGCCAUUUCUUUAGAUAACAAAUCUUUAUGUGACUGAAUUAUUGUUUUUCUAAGAAUCUUUAUUUUAUAGGUGAAACAGGUUUGAGCAUUUAAUUCUAUUUGAAAAUGGUUCCUUUAAAGUAAUGCACACCCAAAAGACAUUUCUGAUUGCCAUAUUUCUUUUAGGGGCAUUAAAAAUAGAUGGUUGGAUAUACUAAUUAAAGCAGCAUAGUAGAGAGUAUUUAAGCAAUUAGAAGUGUUACCAGAAGGACAAGCCUCAAGAUAUUAUUGAUAAUAUUGAUUAUGUAGCAGAUGACUAAGUAUGGAUGUAUAUCAUUAGAGAAACCUUAGUUCCACUUCUUCCUUUGUUUCUUAAACCUUCUUUAAAUAACUUCUCUUGCUUUUCUGUGCUAAUUAUUAGUCACCAAUAUACGGAUUGGCCACCAAGUUUAUCCACCUAGAGGCAUAUGACCCCAGUGCAGAAAGCUAUGUAGAAAGCUAAAUGUGCACAGCAUAAUUUUUGAUCCUCGCCUUCUAGAACUUGCUUCACUAGCUGCCCACUAGACCCAGUGAAGCAGCAAUGCAGCACAAGGAACCGCUGUCAGAAAUAACAGCCAGGACCAAACUGAGAAUACCAACAGAGAUGGUAUUCAACUAAGUUUUAAAUGGAGUACAGUAAACUAACUUAGACAUCUGCAUCAAUUUUCAAGUACAAUUUCUGAGUAGAACUUAGCUGAAUACUACCCCAGGAUUUCAAUGUUUUCCUCCUUUGCCAUCACCCAUACAAAUUCCCCCUAAAACUGCUUUUUUAUAUGGUAAAGAAAGUUACCAUGAGGCAAAUGGAGUUCUUUCCAUGUGAAAUAGCAGCGUAUCACCAGCACUGUGACAUGGGAGGAAUCCUCUUCUUCAUGAGUCAUGGCCCCCAUACUAAUCAUGAAGGCCCCUGCAGCUGCUAUUUCAAUUUUUAAAAACAAAACAAACCCAGUACAUAAAUGCUCCAAAAGACUUCUUAGAUUAUGCCUUUAAGAGUUUUUUGUUUUGUGGUAUAUUGAGAAAAAUGAAUACUACUGUCAGCAUUCAGUGGGAAAAAAAUCAAAACUAUCAAAACAUGUAAAUACAUGUUUGGACAUUCAGAACAUUUUUAUAAAUGACUUGGAUAAGGGAGCAGACAUCAAGUUUGCAGGUAACAUGAAAUUGGGAAGGUUGUCUAGCAUCACAGAAGAGAGAAUCAAGAUUCAAAACGAUAUUGACUAGCGGUAACACUGGACCGCAACCAACAAAAUGAAAUUUUACACAGCUAAUGUCCUGCAUUUAGGGCCAAAACAUUAAAGGCACAAAAGUAUAAUUGGGCAAGCCUAACUUGACAGCAUUACUUGUAGAAAGGAUCUAGGUGUCUUGGUGGACCACAACCUUAAACAAGGCAGUGCAUAGCUGCAAAAGAAGUAAAUGUACUAUUAGUUUGCAUUAACAUAAAUAUAGCAUCCAGAUCAUGGGGAAUAACAGCUCCACUCUGUUCAGUAAUGGUCAGAGUGAAGCACAGGGCACAUCUGGUCUACUGUGUCCAGUUCUGGGUGCAACAUUUUAAGAAGGACAUUACAAACUAGAGCAUGUCCACAGGAUAGUAAUAGGCAUGGAAACAAUGAGAAAUGAUUGAAAGAGCUGGAUAUAUCUACCCUGGAGAUCAGAAUAUUAAAGCAAGACAUGCAGAAGAUAGAACAGACUUGUUAUCUGUUGCCCUGGAAGACAUGACUGCUGCCAGUAGAUGGAAAUUGCAGACAAGCAUUUGCUGGCUAAAUAUUAGGAGACGUUGUCCAACUGUAAGAGUUGUUAAACAGUGGUGCAAAUUGCCUUGGGAUUUGGUGUGCUCUCUUUCACCAUAGGUAUUUAAGCAGAGGCUUGAUCUCAGGAAUGCUGUAGUUGCAUUUUGAAUUAUAAAUCCUGGACUGAGCAGGGGGUGUGGACUUAGGGCACAUGUGCACUUGAAAAGACAUGAUGCUCAGAAUAAUAGCUAUGUGGGGGAAGGACUACAGUUACCAGGAACUGGGUAUGGAUGCGACUCUAUUCCCCAAGACUUCCACUUCUAUAAUUAAAUGGUCCUAACGUUUAAUUAUAGUGUAUGCUCUUCCUAUGAAAACCCUAAGGGAGAGCUCAGCAAAGGUGGCUCUAAGGGAGCACAACUUGUUUGGUGACCCCAGGAGCACCAUACCAGGCACUGCAACUAUGAGGUCUAGUGGAAGGCAAGAGGUGGGGUGUGUGCCAGAUUUUGGCAUCACCAUGGUGCCACUGAAAUUUGAGAUGUCAAGUUCCACCACUGAGCUCUGUGUUAGAGAUGGAGGGACAUUCUUAUCAAAACAGCAUUUUCCCACUUGGAGUAAAUAACACCUAUUCAUUUAAGGUUGCAAAUGUAAAGGGAUGCACUCAGACAUCACUGUGGUGGGAUUAGACCUGCCUUGUGUUAUUGGAGACCCAAACAUUUGAAAAUAAAGCCUGUUUCUAUCUACAUAGUGCGCCUCUUUACUUGCACAGCCCAUCCUAGGUUCCCUUUCUUGGUCAUGCUCAUAUAACAGAAUGCUGGGAAUUGGCUUUAAUGUACAGGUGACUGCUCUUUUUAAGGAACAAUAAAGAUAAAAUAUCCUCAGUGAUAAAUAGGGCCAUAUCAAACAGAAGUUGGACUGCUUAAAUAAUGAAGUACACCACCGCUUUAUAGGGAAUUCUUCACUCUGCUGUUAUAAUUUAUUUUAAAUUAAGAAAGGCUGCUAUAAAAUGCAACAUUUACAUCAACAAAUAAAUGACUAAAGCAAGCUUUUCAAAGGUGUGUUAUAUUGUCUUAAAAUGUCCUUAGAGAAUUAACUGAAGGCUUCAUGUGAUUCAUUUCCAGGAUGCGAAAUCAAGCUGCCUUGUGUCCGUAAUACAAAUUUUCAGAAUUAAUACUACAAAAUGAUUUGUUUUUCAACAGAAUUAAAACAGAAUUCAACAGUGAAAUUUCUGCAAGGACGAGUAAAGGGCCUGGUGCAGGUUAGUGUGUGAGAGAAAGAACAUGAAAAUACAUAUAUGUGGAGAAAGGAAAUUUCAGUUGGGAUUUUUGUAUGUGAUAUGCUGAAUGGAAAAGAAAGAAAACAAAUUUACAAGCACUAUACUAAAAAAUAUAUCUAGUUUUGUUGUUGUUUUAUUCUUAUUUCAAUCUUCUGUCCUGUAUUUCCUGAUUAAUUGCUGGUGUUUUAAAUAUAAGUACAAAUAUUUCUAUUUUAAAUAUCUUGCCUUCACUUUGCUGAAUUUUAGGGAAACACUAACCUGAAUAUCAUACAGGAAUGAUAUUACCUGGUUCAAAAGACAAAUUCAUCCAGCUCAAAAUUUGGGAUAGAACCACAUUCUGAACCAAUACAUACAUAAUCACUUCCUCAGACAUCUUUCAAAUACUUUAAUAUUUUACAUUAACUUUUGGGCAAAAAAACAACAAAGAUUGGGUUAGAAAGUUCCUAAAACAUAUGCCAGCAUUUUAGAUGGAUUGUUCUCUGUUGCAGAGAACUGAAAUAAUUAGGGUUUCUUUGGGGCUUAAGCUUAUUUGGGUCUUUAUGUGCUUAUCCAUAUUAAAACAUUUAUUAAUUUAUGGGGAAUUUGUGGGCUAAUUUAAGCCUUGACCUUUUCUUCCCAGUUACACCAAGCUAAUUGACAUUAAUAUGGAAUGCAGUGAAAACUCCAUUGUUGCCUGCCUGAUACAUUAUAAUCAGGAAAGGUCAUUACAAAUAUCUAAUGCUCUUGUGUGAACAUUCUGUCAAAAGAUACUUGAGGGGGGAAAUCAGGAUGUGCUUGUUGCAAAUUAAUUACUUGAAGCUACGGAUGUAUUUUAUGUCCCUGUGUGUUAAAAGGUCAUCAGUUUGCAUUUAUCUAUUUGUUUAAACAAAUUGUGAUUCUGACACCACUUUGUGCCCAGACUUUUGACGACAGUGAUGUUCAGUUUAAAGUCCAGGUUGCUCAGUUUAAUAGGUAUUCCUCUUUCUGAGAGGUUUGUGCUCUUGAUCAUGCCUUAUUCAUUGCAUAAAUCACCUUCAAGAAAUAUGUUCUGCUCUCACUUUCCAAUCUUGUUUGGAGCUGUUGCUAACAGCUUUUAAUUUGGGAAGUCUAUCUCUGAGUUGACUGCGCCUCAGUGGUUUCAGCUCAAUUGUUUUCCUAGCCAGCAGAGCAUUUCAUUUUUCCUGAAGGUCACUACAGGCUGCCAAGGCUUUGAAAGCACACCCACAUUUUCAUUGAGGCUGCAAUACAACUUUGCAGUACCAUAAAUGGAAGUGGGCAUGCAUGUGUGUGACUUUUCCUAUCAACAAUUACAUAAUUUAUUAUAAUUCAAAAUAAACAAGUCUAGCAGCGAAGGAUGAAUUGCAAAUAGUAUGGCUUCUUGCAUUUGUCUUUACUUUUCUUCCAUUGAAAUCAUAAGAUUUUGUGUGUGUGUGUGUGUGUGUGUGUGUGUUUCUACUGGAUUGGCUGUGUGCUGAAAAGAAGUAUAAACUGACUCAUAAUAUGACUGGCUUAGGCAAGUGGCUGUUUCAACUAUGGUACUACAAAUUUGCACCAACAGAAGAUGCAGUUAGCUGCAGAUAAAUCAGGGGUGCACAGCCUGUGGCCCUCCAGAUGUUGGAUGACACCUCCCAUCAUCCCUGAUCACUGGCUAUUCCAGCUGGGGCUGAUGGGAGUUGCAGUCCAGAAACAUCUGGAGGGCCACAGAUUGUGCACCCCAGAGAUGUAUGAAGGCUCCCAGCAAAAGUGUAGCACAGUGGCCAUCUGUUGGAGGGUAGAUGCCAUUAGCUGCAAUAGAGAAUGGAAUUGAUUCUUCCCCAUCCCCAUCUUUCUCUCUACCCCCUCUCUCACAGAAAAACAUACUUAAAUGAUAAAUUAAGUGCUAAAAAAGUAAAAAUCUGUUUUGAUGUAAGCUAAAAACAGCAAAACUGUUAUUUCUACCUGCCUUUGUGCAAGUAAUCCCUGGGUCUCUUAUUCCCAGGCCACACUGUUCGGAAUUUUAGAAGGCAGAGGUAGUGGUGUUGGAAGGACCUACUUUUUGUUGUGCUAAUGGUUGGGAAGCUUUGUUAGGAGCUGGUAACACAGACCAAAAGCAAUUGAGGAAAGUAGCCUUUCCCCAUUGCUCAUCCACAGCAACCAUGUUUCAAAUACUGUAUGUAAGUCCUACCUCUAACAUAUGGUUAUACUAAGCUAUUGUAGCUAACAGUCACUGAUAGGUCUAUCACCCUAUGAAGACACCUAAACCAGUGGCUAUCGACACAUCUUCUGUCAGAGCUCCAUAAAUUACUUAUGCAUUGUGUAAGGAAGGUAAUAUAUUGCCAAUCAAUUUCAUUGGGUGACCCUAACAGCUUUAUCGGAGGAGCUGUUUUGCACACCGUAUAUAAUUUAAUAAAUGUAUCAAAUCCUUCCUUCAUCAAAUUUUCUCCAGGCCAAAAAGUCUUUUAGCAUUUAUUUUUGCCAUUUUGGCCCAUACCACAGAACUUGUGGGGCAAUAUAAACUGCAAAUGAUGGCUGAUGAUUUAGCUAAGUCGCAAUUUGUGGAAUCCUCACUGAACAUGUAAGAGGAGCUUAUUCCUCUAAAUCAGAAAAACACACACAUACAUAUUCACUCACCAAAUUUCAUUUAGAUUUUAAAACUCAUAUACUCAAUUACUAUCACAAUUAGCAAUUUUAGGCUAGAUUUAAAUUUAGCAUACAUUAGAAUGAGAUUUUUGUGCUUGAGAGAGAGAUACCAACGUUAGCAUGGGAUGAAUCUAAACUAAUUAUCAGAUCUUUGGCUUUUUAAACUAUAAUUAAAAUACUGGAAGGCUUUUGUUCAAAAGCAUGUUGCUUCUUCAAUACCAUUUUAUUUUAAAAAUGUUGAAGUGGCAGAGAAAAUUAGACCUUUCAGAGCAUCAGAGAUAUGAUCCAAGUACAGUAACAGCAACCAAAUGUGGUUGCAAGUGUUCAUAUACAUAUUUGUCAAGAACCAUAAAACUUACCUGUUAACGUGCUUUGGUUUAACAGGCUAUUACUUCUCCUGAAUGAGCACAGUGAUACAUAUUGAAAUGUGCCUGCUUGUUUAGUGGCGCUUAUGGUACAGUCAAAAGCCCAUAUUAGAUAUAUCUUUUUAUAUAUGUAAAUAAAACUCCCUCACACUUUAUAGACAGCAAGAUAAAUAGGUAGCUUAUUGAUGUAGUAACACUGGGCAGAAACUGAUAGAAACUGCCUGAAAUCUAAAGGUAAUAUUUUGCUUCCACCAAUUCUAAUGGUCAAAUUACACAAGACAUUACUCAUAUGAUUUGCCCCUGAGUGCAAGGUAUUUCUUCCACAAAUAAUCAGCAAAGAUGGGCAGAUAUGGACUAGGACCACAUCUUAAGAUAAGAGGCUCCUAAUCUACAUUGACACCUGCUAUUUGCUUGAGGAAGAAAAGCAGAAAAGGGGAAUCCAGAUCAGGAUUACAACAGUAGGCAAAGGGUGAAAUUCCCCACUCCCUCAACCCAGCACAUACCCCUGUAUUUUUUUCUUAUGGAGGGAGAUUGCAAGAUUAAUGGACAUUUAGUAAUGGUAUCAACGGAUUAUGUUUGUUACUGAAGAGUUAAGUGGUAAGUAAUGUAGUAGAGUGGAAAGGAAGGUUUGUUUUCUCAGUUUCAGAGGGUUGAGAAUGACUGGCUGUUCUAAACUUUAUUUCACUUUCUUCAUCUAUCACGUCAGAAGAGAUGGAUCCUAAGACUUCAGAAACCAGCAAAACACAAUAGGUCAUUUGGGUUGAUAUUGCAAUACAACUGCACCACCAGCCUUACAGACAGAUACACCUGCACAGAUCUAAAUGAUUGGGUUUCCAGUCACAUAUACCGUACUUUCUCCUUCCCUAGCUCAACUUCUAGACGGUUCCAUUGAGACAAUAAUUACAUUUUAAUUUCCCAUUACCAAAAUGCCAGAAGUUUCCAAAGCAUUUUUAAAUAGCAGCCAUUGAUCAGAAAAGGAAACCUAUUUAUGUUAAGUGGAUAGAAGAGGAAGGCAGAGAGCACUCUUUCAUUUCCGCCCUUUCCCUUUGUAAACAUGCAUCCUCGAAUACCAUUUAAGUUCGCCAUAGAACUUGACUUCUAGAAAAGAAGUAUAUUUUGCACACCACAGAGAUUUACUUCUAAAAAGAAGUAUAAUUUUCACACAUGAAUUUAUAGCACAUGAUCUCAUGAGUUUGUGUGAUACGCAUGCCAUAGUCAGCUUUCAUUAAUACACAAUAAACACAAUGAGAAACCUGCAUUUGCUACUAUAUACAGUGGCUACAUUCGUAUGCCACAAUAAAUUAUAGUUUAUUCUGAUUGUAAUGACCUUUGGGCUCACAUACUUUCCCUCUCUUUCUUCGCUGCAGCCAUGAAGAAAUAGCUCAGUGCUAUGUCUGAACUGUAAAUUGUGCUUCAGCUUUACUUUGGUUCGUUGAAGCAAUCCAGCUUCACAACCCAUAGGCUGAAGUCAGCUUAUUCGAACAGACCAUAGUUAAGAUUAAUCACAGUUUGUUGGGUUCAUAAGUUACAAGAAGCUGUGGUAAAUCAAAUAUGGAAGCAAAAGCUUUUCCUCGCAGCCAAGUCAGAGCAGGAGAGGAGAAGCAGGAGUGCAUGAACUAGACUCAUUCCCAUGGUUUAUUGUGGCGUUGAGUAAGGCGAAACCAUUUGCUCUCUUUCCUUUUUCUGUCUUGAAAUUAGUUUGUUACCAGCAUUGUUCCUCAUUAUUUUUGCUUUCACUAGACUGAGAUACAAGUCUUACAUUACCUUGUUAAUCAUUUUCAUGACAAUACACAGCUAUGCUUAGGAAAACUCUAGAAUUUUGGCUCAAGUUCAAACACAGAUUAUAUUUUCACUAAAUGAAUAUACACCCAGGAAUCCAGCAAAAAUGGUUGCAUAGAAAAUAUGGCUUUUAACUGAAGGUCAAAUAAAAUUAUGAUGAAUAUUUCAAGUGGUCAAUUUAAAGAGGGCAUUGCUGAGGGAAGGAGUACCUAAGGUCUGGAAACUGAAAACUGAUUUUCCAGAGUGCACCCGUUCUGCACUGGAUAUCAUUAAAUUGAUUGGUAGUCAUCCUUAAUAUCACUCUUUCCUUAAACAAAGCUUUCUGCCUGAGUUUUUCUUCUUUUUCACUGCUUUUUAACAGUAGUUAGAAAGAAAGAAAAAUGGGAACUCUGAUCCAGUGAUAGUUUAAUAUAGCAGGACAUCACAAACAAGUAAUAAACCAAGGGGGGAAAUCAGUGUAGUAGCCUCAAAUAAUACAUUAGUAUAUGCAUCCUAAUUUGCAAUGUGAAAUUAAUGAAAAUGCAUACCUUCAACUGCAUGAAGAAGGGGCAACAGAAUCAACACUGGAUUGCAUGUCUAUUUUUGUAUUAGACAUGUGCACUCACAUCAAGGCCCAAUGAUCCAAACCUGUCCAUGUAAGUGGGAUGGCUUAAAGGCCAUAAAAAGUUUAGAAUCCGUCUUCAUAGUACAUAAAUAAAUCCCCCCUGAAAGAAGAGUAUGACUCAACAUGACUCAAAUCAUGUUGAAUUUUAUCAUUAGAGCAUACCUCUGGUUCAAUCCUCUUUUUUAAAAAAAAUGAUAAUGAAGCAAAAAUAUAACCUUACUGGAUUACAGUAAUAUAUUUUUCAAGAAUUAAGGUUCACAACAUUAUUCUAGGUAAUUCAUUUACAUUGCAUUUCCUCUGCAUUGGUUUAUGUCUGAGUCUCCUCCUGCCCACCCCCAGGGGAUGGGUUAGGAAACAGCCUAGAAAUGAAGAAGGAACCACCAGAGACCCAGGUUUCUGAAUGAUUUCCUUAUUGACUUGCCCCUUUUCCCACACCUCCUCCCACAGCUCAUAUACUCUUCUUCUGCCCUGGGUGGACUCUUUAUACUGCCUGAAUCAUUUUGUGGCACGUAUAACAAGCAGCAAUAAAAAAAGGGAAGAGGAGGCAACAUUAAGUAGCCCACAAUAGUAAGCUGAUUUAAAUUUUGUGACCAUGUUUCCCAUUUUACAGAGAAAUGACCUUUGUAUGACAUAUCCUGUAUACAAUGGGAUGUCUGGUCCAAGUCCACUAUGAAGUUAAAAAACCAUAAGAAAGCAGAGGCCCUGGAGUUGGCCAUGAAUGUUUAUCAGUCUAAGCAGGCACAAAAACCACCUUGUCACAGUCUUCUCUACCGUAGUGAUAUGUACCAUGUGCUUCUUUCAAUUAUAGGAUCAUAUCAAAAUUUCAUGUGAAUCUGUGUACUCUUUCGUUCUCUUAUUAGUGAUGCACAGAUAGUCUCCAAAUGGUUACAGCAUAGGCUGCAACACUAACAGGUUGACAGAAAUAGGUGCAGAAAAGAAAGGUACAGAAAAGGAAAGUUCUGCAGAGGCAGCUUAUCUAGAGCAAGCCCAGCUCUCUCCUUUGCUUGCAGCAAGACUGCAUGCUGGGUCUGUGCUUAUUUUUAAUAUUCAAAUUUGCACUUGAAACCAUUAAAAGGAUGUUUAUUUUGCUGCUUUAAUGUGAAUGCAUGCAUGUGAAACUUUGUUUUAUAGGAACAAACACUUUCCUAUUUGCUUAAUUAUCUAGAGGUAUUCUAUAGGUUAAUUUAUCAUGUAGAAUUCAAAGGGGUACAUAAUAAUGAGGGAAGCCACAGUUAUGCUUAGUUCGUAUUAACUGCUUCCAUAAUGUAUUGGUAGAAAGUAUUAAUAUUUCUUUCAGAUUUAAGUUCAGCUUAAUACACAAUAUUCUGCCACAGCUGCUGAACACUAAAUGUCAUGUAGCUACUUUAACUUCUAUUUACACAACUUCUUACCACAGUGGCAAACUGAAGUAUGUUUGCAACCACACAAGGAAAUGAAGAAGCAAGUUGCAAAAGAACUGGGCCAUAUUAAAACCCAAUUAAACCCAUAUUUAAACCCCAAAAUGAUUUGCAAAGCAGGAAGAAGGUGCAAGACCUAACUAAUAACCAAACUGUGGGCAAGCCAACCCUGCCCAGGGCCCGGGCCUGGGGUAUCCCAUCCUCUACUCCCUCCCUUUCACAUGAGUGGGGAGAGUGGACUCCAUUCUCCAUGCAAGUGUUACAGGUGGGUCCCAUAGUUGCUUCCUAACCUUGUCAUCAUGUCCCACAGCCCUGAAGGCAGUAUCAGGACUGCACCCCUCCCCUGUCCAAGGGUGCUCACCAAACCUUAACUUCCUCAUAACCAACCUGCCAAUGUGCCUAUUAGUCUUUUUAAUGACUACCCUACCCCUGCUAAUACCCCCACCACAUCAGUCCAGAGUAGGGAAAUAAACCUUAUUUCCCUUAACUUCCUCAUAACCAACCUGCCAAUGUGCCUAUUAGCCUUUUUAAUGACUACCCCACCCCUGCGAAUACCCCCACCACAUCAGUACAGAGUAGGGAAAUAAACCUGACAGCAAAGCUGAUUCCUAUCAGUCCCCGCAAAGGUGACCAGACACUAGCUUCACUGCCAGUAGGGUGGAAGGUGGGUAGCCUGCCAGAUGAAGAUGCCAUGAGAAGAAUGGGGGUGAGUUAAAUAGCACCCACAUCAGCUCUUCACUCUCUGCAAUGUUGGUGCAGCAUAUGCCUGUACAUUGAAUCCACUUGCCAGACCCCUCCAUUCCCUGAGUGGCUGCAAACCUUUGGACAUAGCCUUGAAUACCUGAACUCAGUUUCUCCACUGUGAUCAGUUUGUAUUGGUCUCUUAGAUUUAGUUAAGGGCUUUGACUCAAGGCAGGGCUUGUUACAAUAAUCUGUCCUCUUUCGGAGGUCUGGAAGCUUGUGGAACACAACAAGCCAGUCUGAUGAGAAUUUACAAUGAGCGUGACUGGAAUUUAUGGCUACUCAAAUAGAAUGGCUACUUGUAUAGAAUUCUGCAACCAUACAAUUAUGCUUCAUAUAAGCAUAUAUGCCCCACUGUCAGCAACAAACAUGUACCUUACUCACAGUCUUUUUGUUAGAGUAUUGAUCAAGAAUGGGAAAGAUCCAGUUUCAAACUCUCAUUCAGAGCCACAAAGUUCACUGGGUGGUUUUUCGUCAGUCAUUAUGUUUCAGUCUAACCUACCUCAUAGCAUUGUUGUGAAGAUAAAAGAGGAAUUGAUCCAAAUAUGUUACUUUGAGAUCCUUGGAGGAAAAUCAAGGUAUAAAUAAAUAAAAAUAAUGCUGGCCUAUUUAUUGCUAAGGUUGUGUCUGGCCUGCAUGACUUCAGACUAUAAGUGGAGGAAAUGAGGGCUAAACAUGCAUUCUAUUAGUUUGCCAGAAGUAGCUUUUACAUCACAUGAAAGCUCAAAUAUAAUGGAGAAUUAUUGGGGCAAUGGAAUAAACUGCCCUGUGAAUGCAGCCAAUAUCCUGCCCAGUAGUAUACAUUUAGCUAAUUCUGUGCAGCUAAUUUCUCCCAAGUAAGUGAAAAAAGGAUUGCAUCAUUUCCCCCCACAGCAUAGCUAAAAGUUUCAUUAAAAACUAUGCAUAUAAUAGUGCCAAUACAUUAUUUUGUUGAUAUACAAAUGCAGCCUGCCCCAGUGAAUGCCUAGACACUGUUUGCUUGCUUGCUUAUACUUUAUGUAUUUAUUGUAUUUGUAAUGUACGUACCUUUCAUCCAUGGACAUAAAAGUUGGCACAACAGGGUAUCCAAAUAGUCUCUGACCAGGCAUAGACUUUCAGCAAGCUUGCUUAUUCAUGUGAUUUCACACCAUGUCCUGGUUUGAACUUUUGUCCAAUUCAGUUUAAAGUGUUAUCUUUCCUACUUUGUCAUCAAUUAUAAACAAAGGGAAGCACUACAGCCUGUUGUUACAUACUUAUCUGAAUGGACACCAACAGCCAUUCAUACUGCAAAUUUAGAAUAUUGCCCUGAGAAUUCUGCCAGGCUUAUUGAAAUCUGCCAGCCAGACUUCAUUGUUUUAUUGUAAAAAACCAAGCAAAAUGGUGUAAAUUGUGACUUUGCUCGUAAAUGAGGUAAGCCACAGCACUUGGAUAUAACUUGAUCUAGCCUUCAACCCCAAACACAAUUUUAUAAAAGUUCCAUUAAAAUCAAUAGGAUUUACUUGCAAGCAAGCAUGUUUAAGAUUGGGGAUUGACUUCAAUGUGACUAAAUCUCUUAAAUCCAAGUAAUCCUUUGUAACUGGUUUGUGGAUUAGGCUGCCUUAAACCAUAUGCAAGCACAGCCUUCUCUUAAAGAGGUAGCUCUGUUCCCAAACAGCAGACUUGCUGAAACAGACUCACUAUGCACAGUUUCAGUGCAGUUUCCUCAAAGCAUUUUAUGGACGUGAAACUAACAAAAUGUAACACAUCUCAGAAAAAUGAAUGUAACAUAUUUUGGACCCACAGGAGUAUAAUUUUCUCUGAGCUUCACUGCAAAACCCUUACUCUGCUGGCACGGGUAAAGCAAUUGUUAGCAAGAUGUGGGGGAAAGGAAUGUAUUUUCAACUGAAACUGCAAAGAGAAUAGUAGCGGAGCAUAAUUAUUUAGAUGAAAUUUGGCCCAAACACCAGAACUAGCACCACCAGUUUGGCAAAAUAUGUUACACAUAUUUUAUAGGGAGCACAGAUCAGACAGGCUGCCAGUUCCAGUUUCACGCCAUGAACAAACCCUACAACCAGGGCUAUAACACACCAAUUUAGGCACAUUUGACUCUCAUUUCAAAAUAAAAUUGCAAGUGCUGAAACAGUGGUACUUGACAGUUUCCUGAAAGCUUCUGUGGCAGCUGUGGGGAGGGCUGGAACAUGUAGUGUGUGCUUUAAAUCCUGUACAUUUUUGUAGUGCAAAAGUACAAAAAAAUUAAAAAGAAGAGCCAUACGUCAAUGGCAGUGUACAUCAUUUGCCUACAGAUGUUCCCUGAAACAUACACGAGUAUAACUGACACUGUACAAGAUAAAAUCCAAUGGAAAAAAUCACGAAUGAGAAUGAAAAGACACUUCCAUUAUUUGAUGAAACAGGCAGACAUUACAACUCCAUUCAUGUUACUCUGGCUAAGACAUCUACUCUGCAACACGGUUUGGAUUUAAUUUCUACUAUUUAUGUUGUUGUAACCUUGGAACUGUAGGGUAGAGGGUGGAUGAUAGCAAAACAAUGAUAAUAAUGAAUACAACCAACCCUAAACUUGGGACAGUCAACCUAUAUUACAGGAGGCUUUUCCAUUCCUCAGACAGAAGUAUAUUUUGCUGCACAACCCAAUACUUUCAUGGAAUGUCAACAUCUAUAAUAAAGUCAGCACCACUUUUCAGCAUAUGACUGAGACAGGUAUGACUAGAAAAUUAAAUACAAAACAAAAAGAGAAAUGAAAUACUUUAAAGUGUCUGAUAUCUCUGCCUGUCAAAACUUUUGACAACAGUUUUCUUUGCCUUACAAAUUAAAUUGUGGGCAAGGUUGUUUUUUUAACCAUACCUUGAUUAAAAUUUGUUAGAGGCAUUAUAGGAACCAGAUGAAAAUGAUUUGAAGAAAGCCAGUUAGCUGCCCUUAUCUAAUAAAUUUCUGUGCAUGCUGCACAACAGGUAACCAUUUAUAUUUUCUUUUUAUGUCCAGAAGGCUGUAACAAGUUUAUCUAAUUUCAUUGAUUAGUCGUAGUUGUAAUUUUUUUAAUAAUGGAUCAUCACAGAUUAAUACAACCAGAUUAAAGAAAUGCAAUUUCUUAUUAAUUAUUAAUCUAAGCUAUGGGGAGAUUCCAAACAAAAUAAGAGAAGAGAAAUUGAUAGCCCAGCUGUGUCCUUAUCUGGACAGGGACAGCUUCUAGGUUGGAUUACUGCAACACACUAUAUGUAGGGCUACCUCUGAAGAUAGUUCAGAAACGUCAUUUGGUGCAAAAUUUGGUGGCCAGGUUGCUCACAGGGCAAGACAGUUUGCGCAUAUUACACUGAUCUGGCCUGACUGGCACUGGCUGUCAAUUAGUUUCUGGGCCCAGUUCAAAGUGCUGGUUUAAAUGGUUCAGGACCACAAUACCUUAAGAACCACUUCUGCCCAUAUGAUCCAACCCAGACCCUGUGAUCAUCAUCUGAGGCCUUUCUUUGUAUGCCUCCUCUAUGAAAGGUCCAGAGGGUGGCAACAUCAGAAUGGACCUUUUCUGUGGUAGCUCCCCAUUUGUGGAAUGCUCUCCCUGGGGAGGCUCACCUGGUGCCUUCAUUACAUAUCUUUAGGCACAGGUGAAAACGUUUUUCUUCUCCCAGGUGUUCAGGUGACUAAAAUUCUAUGGCUUUUAAAAAUGUGUUUGUGGGAUGAGGAUUAUUGGGGGUGGAAGUUGUUUCAUUGAGUAUUUUGUAUUCUCUUUUUGUGUUUCUCUGUUGUGAACCACCCUAGGCUCUUGGGCAGUAUGCUAAUUUAAAAAUAUAAUAUAAUAUAAUAUAAUAUAAUAUAAUAUAAUAUAAUAAGUUGGAAGACAGGUAUACAGUUUUCUGUACAUUAACUGAACGUGAUUACUAGAUCACAAGUGCAAAAUUAGAAACGCUUUGAGCAUAUUUAAAAAUGAGCAUGGACUUUAUCUUAUUUCCAGCAUAGUGGUGUAUUAUCCUGAUAUAUAGAAGGUGUUAUUUAUCAUUCCUAAACAACACACUUAUCUAUGCCAGCAGAUUAUCUAUACCAGGUAUAGGCAAACUCCCAUCAUCCCUAGCUAACAGGACCAGUGGUCAGGGAUGAUGGGAACUGUAGUCCAAAAACAUCUGGAGGGCUGAGUUUGCCUAUACCUGAUGUAUACCUUCAGUAAUGCAUUCACAAAUAAGAGAAUAAAUGCUAGAUCAGAGCAGCAUUCUUUCCACUGUGACCGGAUGCCUAUGGGAAGACCACAAGCAGGACACAAGUGCAUUGGUUGUAGCCUUUCCCAGCAACUGGUGUUCAGAGGCAAGCUGCUUCUGAUGUGGAAGUUAAUGUAGAAAAUUCUAUGUGCUGUGUGAAUAAUUACUUCCUUUGUCUAUUGCUCCCACCUUUCAGCUUCAUUUAAUGACCCCAGCUUCAUUUAAUGACCCCAGGUCUGGCAUUAUGAGGAGAACUAAGUUCAUAAGCUGCAUUUAAAACUGAAAGUGAGCCUACAGGGAGCAUGAACUGAAACCUAAGAAUGCAGAUUUUGUUUAAAACAGGUUUAGUUUAGGUUUCUGGUUGAGGUUUGCUACAGCCACUCAAGGUUUCGCUGCUGGAGCAGAGGAUUCCUUGCACAAGUAGCUAUCCUAAGAUUGUGCCACUGACCAACAAAUUUAUUCAGGAGAGCAAUUGUAUGCUGUAUAUAUGAAUUAAUGCAAGUAGAAAUUAACAGGUUUUGUUAGGGCCAAACCAGCACCAAUAGGAAGUAACUGCAAAGACCAACAAGGAGGUUUUUGACAUAAUUGUUUCAGGGAGAGAAAAAGUUUAGCUGCCCCUUCUCAGGCUGCACAGCCCCAAGGCACAGUUUAGGCUUUUUCUUGGCUGCUAUUUACACAACCAAAAUGCAUGUUAAUAGCUGUCAGACAAUGAAAUGACUCCUACUUUGGGGUCCUAGAAUGAUUUCUUUCCCAAGCAAACUGUAAGGUGAGCAAAAGCAUAUCUAGUGAUCUAAACAAUGGCAGCUGCACAUUCACUCCCAAGCACGGUAUCUUUCCUCCUGAUAUGAGAAGGAUAAGGCAGAAUUUAUUUUAGCACCUGCAUGCAUUCCUAAGCUUUGUGCAUCCCUCCUUCUCCCUUGUAUAAUGCCUGCUGGCACAGCUGUUUCACUUACAUAUUUUGUUGUUACUGCUGCUCCUGCUGCUUUAUCUUGUAACUGACGUAGCUUUUCAUUGUGCUGCCACAGCUUCUUAUGCUCCACUUGGUUCUUUUCUGUGACUUCCACACCCCAGUUUCCUGAAUUCAGUCUGAUGCUGACUGCUCUGACUUGUCUAUCUUCCCCUUACAGCCUUCUGUGUCAUUCUGUGUAACUCGACCUUGUCCUCACCUGCAGAUCUCUUUUUCAGCACCACAUAUUGUGUUGGGCAUCCAGCCAUGGUAUUGGGACUAAGCAUAGAAAAUACCCCACUGCUUUCGGGCAUGGAUUGAAACCCAUUAGCCAUCUGUUCUUUGUGAUCAUUAUGAAUAAAUCCUGCUCUGGGCUGGUCUAUAGCAAUAACUUUAAACAUCUCUACUUGUUCCUCCACUCAACCAACCCCUUAAUCUAAGGAUAGUGCAAUUCUGAAUAAUUUGAAAUCAGAUUGUAGAGUAAUUGUAAAUAUAUAUAAUCACUUCCUUCAGGGUUUUGUUUUGUUUUGCAUUGGCUGUCUUCAUUUCGUCCACAGUUGCCACUAAAUUUAUCAAUGGCUUCCCUUCCAUUGGCACUAUGAAGCUACCCCUUUUCACUUAUUAUCCUAAUGAAACAAGCAUACAUCGUCCAAGAAUACAUCAAAGUAAUGCAAAAUUGUUUUCUUUCACACUCAGUUCUAAAAAAGAGGAAAGUGUUUCAACUCCUUUUUUAUUUUCAAAGAUGAAUGCCAGCAAAUAGUCAUAUUUAACGGUCUUGAGGUACAUGGGAAUAGAGUACCUCACAAUUAUGUAGAUGCAUUUGGGAGCAAAGGUCUCUUUUUCUUGUUAUAAUUUAACUAUAGAAAAAGCUUUUCUUCUGAGAGCUUUAUAAAACUGGUAAAAACUUGUUUUUAAGUUUUGGUGGGUUGUUGUUUUUAACCUUUAGUAUGUGUCUGAUUACUGAAACAAGUUAAUGGAAAUGGGAGAGCUGCAGGCUUGUCUUAAGAGAGUUCCAGAAUGAUGUUGAUAGUUGAUUCUAGGCUGCUAUAAACCAUUCCAUUAAAUUAGGAUUUUUAAAGGCACCUUUGCAGAAAUGUUUUGUGAUUCUUAAUCCUCUUAUAGACAGAUUGGAAAGGAUGGUAUUUUACCAAAAUGGUUUGUUGGAUGUGUCAAACUAUUGUCAGAGAGAUCUGGGGUCAAAUACGUCCCCAGCCACAAAGCUUGCUGCAUGGAGCUUGGGCCAGCCACUAUUUCUCUCUCUAGCCAACCACAUGGGGUUGUUGUGCUAAUGAAAUGGGGGGGGGGUAGUUAGUUGACUGGGAAGAGCCAUGUGUGAAACCCUGAGCCCACUGGAGGAAGGACAGACCAUAAAUAUAACUGCACUAGGAUGUACUAGGAUGUAUUUGAGCUGACUAACAUGGCAAAUAGAAAAUGCAGUCAAAAUAGAUGAAUCAAGAUUUUUACUAGCUACCAUAAUUUUUAUUAAUGUUAAACACAGCAGAGGUCUCCUUCCCAAAAUUAAGUAACAUGCACACUAAAUAUAAAGGACAGAUAAGCACCACUCAGCCGUAACUUUUCAAAUAGGUUGCUGCAUAAAGAACAGAUACCUCCUGUCAGUUCUACGCUGCCUGAUUAGUUAACAGUUAAUUCACCCAGGGAUGUACCCUUGGUUGAGUGAGGAUCAAAGUGACAUUUGGAUGGAGGCACUUUCUUUCCUGCAGAGCAGGAUGAAUGGCAAACCCUUUUGUACGUGUCCUAAAAUUAUAAUUGCUCAGUAAAUUUCAGAUCAAUGUUAAUGGGACUCUUUGCUCAAGAUUGUUUUCACUUAAAGUAGUUCAAUUUUCUCUCAGUUUGUUUCUUUGUACCUUAAUCCUCAAUGCAUUUCCUACGAAGGAUGUUCUACCAUAUCAACAAAACUUGCUUCCAAAUGGUGUGCUUAAGAUCACAGCCUCAGGGGGCAAAAAAUUAAAAUAAAGUAUUGUCCUUAUCUUCCGCUAUUACUUCAAAAGAAAAAGAAAACUACAGUGAUAUGAAAGAGGUGGAAUCAAUUACAUUGGUACACUGCUUGAUUUUUUUUAGCACACUCUAGCUUUUUCAAGAGCUAAACUGAGUCACUGUAUUAUUCACAAAGAUAAUGCUUAAGGGUGCAACAAGUCAUAGGUUUAUCUUUAGAAAAUUACCCAUUUUCCAUUCUUCCAUUUUGUCACAAUCAUAUACAUUUUAAGUGAGAAUAUAAGGAUCCUAAAAAUUGUCUAUUAAGAAAUCACAUAAAAUAAUAGAGUUAUUCCCGUAGUUAAUGAUAGUGUUUGCCAUCUUUUUAUUCCUACAAAAUAAUUAUUCUACACUGUCCUAAUUAUCUGAGUGUUCCCCCAAACUAAUUCUUCCAAUGCCAACUUUGAUUGUAUAGGUGGUGAUGCUGAUCAUUUAACAAAGUUAUGUAUAGAUUACCUUAUAAAUGAAUACUAACAUAUUCAAUUUUUUUGUAUUCAUUUAUAAGGCAAUCUAUACACAACUUUGUUGAAUGAUCAGCAUCACCACCUAUACUAAUAUAUUCAAAUAGGGGCACUGAUGGCACUGUGGUCUAAACCACAGAGCCUAGGGCUUGCUGAUCGGAAAGUUGGCGGUUCGAAUCCCUGCAACAGGGCGAGCUCCCAUUGUUCGGCCCCAGCUCCUGCCCACCUAGCAGUUCGAAAGCACGUCAAAGGUACCACUCAGGAGGGAAGGUAAACGGUGUUUCUGCACACUGCUCUGGUUUGCCAGAAGCGGCUUAGUCAUGCUGGCCACAUGACCCAGAAGCUGUCUGCGGACAAACACCAGCUCUCUUGGCCUAUAAAGCAAGAUGAGCGCGCAACCCCAGAGUCAUCUGUGACUAGACCUAACAGUCAGGGGUACCUUUACCUUUACCUUUAAUAUAUUCAAAUACUAAUGAGAUUACACAAUUGUUACAUUUAAUAAAUAUUAGUGGUCACAUUGAUUAUGCAAACGUUAUUUUUAGCAUUUAUUUAAUUAAAUGUCAUAUAGGUCUAAUAAGUAAUUAAAGCUCUUUGGUGUCAGCUGUGAUACAAACUCAUUUUUGUUGCUGAUUAUAACACCAUUACUUUGAAUCAGUAGUAUUAUGCUGUGUAGCAGAGGUGUAGCUGGGCUUAUUAUCUGCCAGAGCUCUUGCUACUAUUAGAAGAGAGACAUUGUGUUCUUUGUAUUGUGCAAGAGACAUAAUUAUAUCAGAGAAAUAUCCAACAAACUCAUACGGUGAAUAUGACUAACAUUCAUAGGCACAAGCUCCUAGGGGUUGAGGCACUUUCGGCCCAGCAAUAUUUUUUGGGUGUGUUUUGUUUUGUUUUGUUUUAGUAAGCCAGUCCCCCUCAAUGUUCAGAGGGCAUUUGGUUCUGCCCCCUGGCUACUCAUAAUAUUGUGCAUGUGGAAUUAGGAUGUCGCAUCAGGCUCCCUCAAUCAUCUUGAGAAGUUGGCACCUCUGCUAACAUUGGAUCUCACCCUCAAACUUUUCUAAUAAUCUGGGUACUUUGCAAGUUUGACAUCAUGACUGAGUUGCACUGAAAGCAACAAGGCUUUCCUCAGGUUAGAACAGGUCUAAAUAAUCUGUGUCUUCCAAGAAUGUCUGUAGUUGUCUCACCACUAAACCAAAUGUUAUCAUCAAGUUUUAUAAACUUUGCUAAGGUUGCUCAUAAUUACCAGUAUUAAAGCUGUUUGGUUGUACUGUACUCUAAGGUGGUUACUCUAAUUUACACCACUUUUGCAGUCAAAAACUGCAAAUUAGGAAUUCACUAAUAGGAAAUUUUGAAUAUGCAGUUGCUGUAUUUGCCGAAGAAUAAAGCAAAAUUUGUUUCAAUGUUUUUUUGCCAACUUGCAUCUGUACCUGUAACCAUCAGAAACAGAUGCACAGAUAAGGUGUUGUGACUGUGCUCAGUCUUGUCCCUUUACAACUCUUGACCAGUCUUGCAGACCUGCAUCUGGUGUUCUCUCAGCUAAUGUGGGAGCACUUUCAGCUGUAACUCACUCAAUAGGUGGGGGAAAGCAGAAUCUUUGGGAAGAAUGACACCAGAAGCAAACUCCCACUGUUUUUAGGUUUGCAACUUUUUUGCUGUAGAAGGAACAGCAAAAACAACAACAACUCAGUCCUUCUUGGUAUUUCUCUUAAGUAAUACAAAUGUCCACUGCAAGAAAGUGUAAGAGAGAUCUACUUUGUAAACAGUAUGAACAUGAAAUCGAUUCAUAUGUGUUAAUUAGCAGUGAGCAUUCUCCCAUGAAAGCCAGUGUGUCCCGGUGGAUACAGACAAACAAACAAAAACACUGAGCUGAAAAUGUCAAAUUCUGUCUUGGCCACAGACUCACUGAAUAGCCAAAUCUCCCAUUUUUACUUUGGAAAUAACAAUGAUACACCUCAAAUGGUUGCUGAUGAAGUCUCUGUUGUACGUGCCAUCCAUAGCAGAGGCGUAAAGGUCUGCAGGAGCUAAUAGAGCAUUUUCAUUUAUGACUCCUCCUCUGUUAUAAUCUGAGUUUUGUCAGAUCUGAAAGUUUUGCCUGCAGGCAUGCUGCUAAAAUGCUUUAGUUUAGCUGAGCACUUAAUGUUUUAAAUAAACAGAUUCAAUACUCAGAAACUUUAUUUUCUUUCAUCAGUCAAUGCUGUUCUGGUAAAAUGUAUACUUUCACCUGCAAUCCAAAUCCUUUUUGUACCAGGCCGGGGAAGGGGAAGGAGUUUGACUGUUCUACCUUCAGUGGACUGCCAAGAGAUGGCACAUAAUCCUUUCAUACAUCAUUCAACUUCCACACUGUACAAUGUAUAUAUUCAAAAAACACCCCUAAAUCAUGCUCUAUUAGCAUUAUUGUUGAGGGCUCCAUCACUCCUGUUUAAAGAAUUAGUAAGGAAAGAUACAACUGUAGGCCCAAUCUGAUUGUUUCCAGCUACUGAAGAAAAGGGACUUCUUAGUAAGGAUGUACAUGGAAUCACUAAAGUAUAAGGCAGGCUGUUGUGCUGUCACUGGACCUGUCACCAAAAGACUUUCAUUUCCAAACAAUAGUUUCUCUGCUUUAUGCAACCCAUGGAAAGAGUAUGUAGCCUAUUCUGCAUAACCAGGGGUAGGAUUACAACUACAGAUCUGAGGAGGUAACAGUGAUAAUGAUAUAGCCCAAUGAUCUUGCACAGCAAUAUUCCACUUCAAAAUUAUCUGUCUUGCCCUUUUGUUACAGCUGAGUGUACUAAUUAAAAUGACGUACCAUUCAAGAACACGUCAACUGCAUUUGUUGUUUCAGUAUUCAACCACCUUCACAAAUAGAUCAGCGCUUGCGCUUCUCUUCAAAAAACCUAAUAAAGCAUGCCAUCUCAAUCUCUAAGUUACCAAAAAAAGUCACUGGACCCCUUUUUAGUCUCAUGUGGACAACUGCUUUUAGCGUUCCAGCAGUGUGGAGUUGGGUGCAGGUGCAGAUGACUACACGUAGGUUGAAGUAGAUUUCAAAUGACCCCAACUAAAUUUCUUGCAGCUCAGUGUUAGGUGUGAUAGAGGGCAGGGAUCCAGUCAAUAAGCUGCCUGAUUCCUGGCUGAUAGUACCACCACAACCUGAAUGUCGGAAGUUGAUGUGAGUUGCCAGAAUCUCAGACCCAUAGUAAUGGGGGGGUGGAGGGGUGGUCUCCUAUUAAUGUCCUAGUAUAGACCAGAUGUGGAAGGUUCUCCCUCAGGUGUGUCCUAAAGACUUGCAUCCUAGCAACUACCCGUCACAGCAAAUUGCUAUCCAAGGCAAGGUCUGGAUUGCAGCAGUAAACUCAACCAGAAAGUCGCAGGCUGUGGACAAUAGAAUACAACCCACUCCUUUCCCUUUCACCACAUGAUGGCACCAAGUAGGAACCCCAAUAAGCAACGACACCAGAGUUGUCUUAUAGUUAACGCAGAAUUCUCCAGAAAGCUGUGAGAUCUGAAUAUAGCUCACACUCAAUGGGCCUUAUCCAAUGCUGUGGCUCCACUGGUGGCAAAACCAACUUCCCUGUCCUCUUCCUUUCCUGAUACUUCUAGCCCCUCUGCUCCCUCAAGGAAGUCCUGCUGUGCCAGUGAUACCAUGCAUGUGGAGCAUUGGGUACAACCCAAUAAUUUCAUCCAGUCAAUACAGGUACAAACAGGGAUAAUACUUACAUUAUCUAUUAUAUAGUGUGGGGCGGGGAGCUUUUCAGCAUGCUGCUGCUGCUGCUGCACAGUACCUUCUGUGAUCUGUAUGGAGACUAGUUGCAUUUAUUGUGCCUGUCUCUGACACUUAAGUUGAAACUUCUAUACAAAUUAUACUUAAUAUGAACUUAACAAUAUGAACCUUCUUGUGGAGUUAAGUUCCUUUAUAAUAGGAACUUUACUCCAUUCAGAAAAUGUAAUUAUAUGUGCUACAUUUGUGCAUAGAAUUAGGCCUGCUGAGGUCUUGGAAUACAUCUGCAUGACAAUGCAAUUUAUCUCUCUGUGAAAAUAAAGUGUUGCCUAACAGCUGUCUGAUUUCAGUCUUCCACAUUUCAGUCCAUCCUAGUUCUAAUGAAAAUGUAGGUACAAGUAUAAACUGUAAUUAGAAAGCAUGCCUUAAGAGCUAAUUCUUCUUGUGUUAAUUAUACCAAUAAACAAGCUAAUUCAAAUGGAGUUAUCUUAAAUAGAAAGGUAUUUUCAGGGGGUGGGAACAUUCAAUUUGUUUCCUUUUACUUUGACUAAUUCUUUGUUUCAUAAGUGCAAUGCAAAAAUAAUUGUUACAGUCAAGUUCCAGACCUCAAAGUGCUCCUAGCACAAACCCAAAUAAUAAAAAAUCAAAUUUGUGGCAAACAUGAAAGAGAAAGUAAAAUAAAAGCAACACCACCAUCCAUUCUAAGAGUGAGUUCAUAGAAUGCCCCAUCACAACUUUACUUACACUUCUGCAACUUCAUCCCACACUGGUUCCACAUGGACUUGCCACUGCAGAAGGUGGGACUGGGUGACCACAAUAGACUGUAUUUUGAACAUAGUAAACUGCUUCAUUCACUUAUAACAUUUCUAGUUUGGGGUAGAAGCAUAAAACCCACAAGCAUGGGAAGUUACUAUCUGGGCAUGCAUUAACAAUAUUAUAUAGUCUUGUGUGAUACUCAAUACACUCCCCAAUAAAUGCUCCUUUAAAAUAUUAGGCAGUGCAGAGACAAUUUGCAGUGUACAGCUAUCCUAUGUGGAGUCACAAACAACAUUUGCUCACACUGAAUAUAUAGCAAAAACUACCCUGGGUAGCAAUGUAUUCUUGCCAUCUUUGCCUGCAUCUGCACAGCUUACAACUAUUAAUCACUGCUGCAUUCCUUUCAGAAGCAAAAGCGCACAUAGCAUCUUUAUUGUAGAUAGCAACUAACACUUAAAGGCCUUGGUUUGUACCAAAAACUUCAUUGUAUAUACAGAUCCUUCACAGAUUUGAUAAAUUGUAAUUCCCAGCUAUAUGUCUUGCCAAAGUCUCUACUAAAAUGCUGUAUAACCACUGUAUUUAUGACUGUCCUUUGAGACUACAACAAAUGCACACAAUUAUUCAAGAUUAUUCCAGCCAUUAAGUUGCGAGGCUUUAUUGCUGCAAUUUGAAUGGAUAUAUUUCUUCUCUGCCAGGAAAAAUAUGGAUUGAUCACCUCUGUUUUCAAACAAUAACUGAGAAAAUACUUAAUCUAAUUCCCACCAAAUAAAAACCUAGAUCAUUUCCCACUAGCAAAAGAGCCUACUGCACAUACAACCCACAGAAACAGUGACAAUGUCAAAGAACAAUGUCUACUACAGAAAUUAAGGGAUUUAUUUCUUUAUUUACAGUUUAAUGUAUUUACCCAAGUAAUACAAACUCAAAUAUCUGAUAUGCCUCCUGGGUCAAACAGCUUGGUUGUGUCAACCUUUUCUUCCUUCAAUUAACCUACUUUUAUAAAACAAGAACAACACCCUGUACUUUAUUUGGUCCAUUAAAGUUUACACCAUGCUACACUGGUAUUGGUUUGUACUUGAGAAUUUUCCUGAGGAUCCAAAGGCUUUGAGAACAUUGUAUAAACAAUUUCACUGGUAGGUGUCUUUCCCACAACAAUUUUAUCUCUUCCAGAUUAAUUUGAAAUUAUUGUCACGAAGGAAUACAUAUGGCAAGUGUUACGUAAGAAUGGAAACUCCACAUGGAUUUCACUGAAAAGGCCCUUGUGUUAGACACUAAUUCAAAAACCCUGCUCACAUGGGUUUUCUAUUCUGGUAUGUUCUCCAAGUAGCAAAUGAAAAAGAAAGAAAGAAAUGAUAACCCAUGGUCCUCUUUAGUUAAAUUUCCUGGGGAGCCUUCUGUAUGCAUAGUCAAUUCUAAUCCUUGUUCAUAGGUAUAUCCAGAUUUUCUGGUGCAUAUUUUUUCAAAAUCUCAACAGCCUGAAACUUUUCUCUAAGACACAACAGUGUUUUAUUAUUAUGUUCUGAAGGCACGUGAGGCCAUCACCAUGCUGAAACUAAGCAGAUCUGAGUGUAGUCAGUGCCUGAAAGGUGAUCACUUCAGAAACAAAAUAAAAAGAAUCCUUCCAGUAGCACCUUAGAUACCAACUAAGUUUGUUAUUGGUAUGAGCCUCUGUGUGCAUGCACACUUCUUCAGAUACCAGAAACACAUGCAUACCACCUGGGGUUCCAUGGUGGAAGAAAGGCAAGAUACAAAUGUAAGAAAAUAAAUAAACAAAUGGUGCACUAUUAAACAUUUGUUGUGUUCAAAACACUAUGUGAUAUGGCAUAACAAUCAAAGAUGCAAUACUGUUCAUGUAUAUACAUGUAUGUGCCUACACAAACACACACCCUACCAAAGCAGUAUUCUGCUGAAUAAUGUUUUGGAAGUCCAUGCUUUCAUGCUAUUUCCUUCUUCUACCUCCCCCCCCCCCCCAACAUGUUCAAACGUGUUUAGAUAUUAUUCUACUCUUCAAAUAAUAUUGUAACCUUUCUUUUGAAUGCCAUAUUCAAUUCAUAAAAUGUCAUGGUCUAUGCAGUGGUUUUGCCCUGACAGCACGACUUUCAAUGAUUCCAGCAUCCAAUUAAUAUCCCAAGAGGACAUUGUGCACUUCUAUGUGCAUUGGUGUUUCCCUGUUUUUUCUUCAAAUGCAGUUGUUCUUGCGUUCUGUUGCAAGCUACUUUCAAAAAAAUCCUGAGUUUUGAAAGUGGUUUUUGCAAAAAGAGGUGAUGCUCAAAUGUAGGUUUCUCAGAAGUCCUACUGCAUUUGUUGAGCUUGCCUCACAGUAACCCUUGUGGAUCCAAGCCAAAGCAUUUAACACUCAGAUCCUUAAACAAUGGACUGUACCAAGACAUAUCACUAUAAUAUGCCCAUACAAAAGUAGUCUUAUAAUGUAUUAGCGUGCUUAGAAUGCUUAGAAUGACAUCAUAAGAAUGUUCAAAUAUUUUCAUGCACCAUCUAGCCUUUCAAACGCUUUUUGAAAAAUUCUCUCAAGAAAGAUAUAUUUCAUGUCAUUGGCCACUCUAUUGGCCAACUGCUAUUUGAAUCCUUUACUGUGGUGCAUUUAGAAAUUGGUACCACAUGCUCAUCUUAUGGAAAGAAGCAGCUUUAGGCUAAUAGCCCAAGGAAAAUUCUUAGCUAUAAGAUAUUUCAGCAUGGCAUUGGGGAAAUUAUUUUCCUUCUUAUACAGUUAAAGUUUGCUGCAGUCAUCCACUUCCAUAUUUUAUUUCUUUUUGAGUAAAACAACAGUUAUAAACUGAAAAUUCUGAUGCACACAUAUAUGAUAUGUUGUUCCAAACAACUAGAUGUCAACUCUUCAAGACUGCUGCAUGGAGUACUUUGAAGCUUUACACAGAGAAUGCUAUCUCACUUGGCUUAUUAUCAAGGAAGACCAUGAGAAAAUAAAACAGAAGAAUAGUCUCUAUAAUCCUUUUUUGCAGUCUAGUGUCUUGCAUUACUAAAAUCUUUCUCACAGUUGUCUACAAAAUCAUCAAGCGUUUAUUAAUACCUUGCAAUGAGGUUAAAUUGGGAAAACAUAUCAUGAAGUACAGGUGACAUCCUGCCUUAUCUGAAGCAGAAGUGUUAACGGCUGACAAGCUGAUUUAAGUGAUCAAUAGUUCCAUGUUGCCUCCCCCUGCCCCAAACUAUUCUGGGCAGACUGGGCCUCCAGUUAGGAACAAUUUUAUAUAUCCAAAGGCUGUCCUGGGAAUCUGAUCUCUGACGUUGCCUAUGCAGACACAAAAAAGAGUGUACAAUGAAAAUCGUUUCACUUUCCCCAUAUUUGACAAAUAAAAGAAAUUUGCAGGAUAAAUACAAGGUGCAUUGCCUCCAAUCCAUUAACUGCUUAGUCCAGAAUAGUAUCCCUUAGCUUCUCUUUAGGAAAGUUGUUUCUAUAUUGUGGCCACGACAACUCAAAGUGCUUUAAUCUUGCUACAUUUACCCUGAUUUUGAAACUUGCACUGAUACCUUGUAUCAGACUAUUUCCCAGCCCAUCCUUGUAUUUUCUCCUUAGAAAGCAUUUAACAUGGCCCCAGUGCUUUUACCCAAUGAAAUACAUAUGCUUUACACUGCUCAAUUCCACAACAGAAAGAAUAAGCUUUUCAAGUGAAAUUCAAAAGGACAUUAUUGUCAAAGCACUUGCCACUAAAAUUAAAGAGAAAUAUUGAAAUCGCUUAGCAAAAUCCAUUAAAAAGUCUCCAGCAAUUACCGGCUUUAUAUGUUUCACACAAAUCAUGCCAAGCAGUGUAAAAGAAAUUGGGGUGGGGGGGACGCUCCCCAGUGCUUCCCCCAUCUAGCCAAAUGCCUCUUGACAUUUGUCAAGCCAGAACUCUCAUAAAUCUUGAAGAAGUAACAAUGCAAAAGAACAAAAAAACCCCAAACAUAUCCCUGGUUAAAUGAAGCCAGACACUAAUUUGAUAUAAAACAUUUUGCAAAUAUUAAGGCUUCCCUUAAGGGAUCCAUAUUUCACAAUUACGGCCAGCUAUUAAAGCACGCGAUGAAAAGAGAUGGGAUGGGAGGAAGAGGGGGAGGGAAGGAGUUGAUGAGUGUUCAUACCCGAUGCUUCCUUGGUCCAAGUGCAGAAAUGCCCACAGGAGAGCGAGAACUCAGAGCAGGAGGAGAUCCGAGGAGGAAUGCACCCGGAUGGCAGGAGGUGGUACUGCCUUUCCCCAUGUGGGAGCUUAAUAGCUUGUACUUGGACAAACCUCACCUUCCCCAGGUAAGGGAGGCUGACUCUCUCGCUGCCAUAGCCCAGCCUGGCAAUGGCAUCUCUGCUUCUCCGUCAGAGCCAAGUCUCCGGAGACCAAGCCCUACCCUCCUAAGUGGCUGCCAAGCCCCCUUCCCACCGAUCUCUACCAGAGAUCCUCACCCCAACAAUACACAGAGCCCGCCCGCCCCUUCCCCAGCGCCCUCAGCAACCCCCAGAGCUGCCCGGCGGAGCCAGAGCGCGGAGGCAUCCCCACAUUGGAACACAAUGGAACUUACUCCCAGGUAAGUGCGCACACGCAGGAUGGCAGCCUCCAGCAGCCUCCCGAACAAUGCACUGCAGAGCGAGAGGGAGAGGGAGUGUGUGCGUGUGCCUUCGCAAAACUGCACCAGGAAGAGAAGCAGAGAGGCGCCCCUUUGCAAGCCAAACACGCGCGCGCGCGUGCCCACGUAUACAUACACAUGCACCCACCCCAAAGUGUGUCCCUAACCUUCGAGCCGGGGAGAACCCCAAAGUGCUCGAGCCGCGCUAGAAGGCGGCACAAUCCCCAAGCCCCUUCGCUGAGCUCCAUACUCACGCGCAGGGCUCUCCUCCGCGAUGGCAAGGCAGCUCCAGCCCAGCAGCCCAAAGUCCUGCUGACGGAGGGCGGGGAGGGAGGGAGGGAGGGAGGGAGGGAGAUGCCCGCUCCACUCCUGCUCUCCGCCUGCCCGUUCCCCCCGCCUCCUCUUCGGGAUUCGCUUCUCCUCCUUCCUAGCUCCGGCUAUGGCACCGCUUGGCGCUUAUCCUUCGCCAGCAAGAAGUCUCCUUGGUGUCUUCCCCGCCAAACCGGGCAGCGCCUGGGCGACGGAGGAAGAGAGCGAGAGAGACCGCGGGCAGCAGCUGGAGCCGUAGAGCGCGCGGGAGAAGUAGUGGAGUUCAGGAGGCGGCGUUUGCUGCACAUCCCCCAGCGGCCCAGGCCAGGUGCGGCAGCCGGAGCAGCAGCAGCAGCAGCAGCGGCAGAGCUCGCUCCCGCGGCGCAAGCACAGCGCGACCAGCAGCAGCAACCCGCGUCCCUUCACUUCCAGUCAGCUUCGCUUGUGAGGAGGGCAAGCGGCGGGGAGAGCGCGAGGCGGCGGCGGCGGCGACGGAGAAGGUGGGGCUGAGGCACAUUCUUGCCCUCACUUCCCGAGGCGGCGUACAAACUCUCUCGAGUUCCUGGCGGCGAAUUGGCCCUCCCUUCGCCUUUGGGAAACAGCCGCCAACAUCGCCCGUUGCCUUACGGCUGUGUGUGUGUUGUUCCUCAGUCCUCACAUAAACCGGAGCCACCUCCUCUGCUGUCCCUGUGGCAAUGUUUGCACGCAGCAGCUCCUCUCUCGGCUCCCCGCUGCCUGGGGUCGAGUCACGGCAGCAGCUGCCGCCGCCGCCACAGCUUCUCCUCCGCCUCUUCCCCUUCUCCGGUCUCGGAGGGAGCCGGCAGCCGGCAGCCUCGUCUUCUCUGUUCCCGCCAAGCGAGCGAGGCUGCCCUCCGCCCACUCCCGCGGGGCUGCCAGCCGCCCGCCGGGAGCGGCGCAGGUGCUGCCAAAGGACGGCCCGGCAGCAGACGCGCGGCUUUCGGAGAGGGCCCGCCUGGCUCCCCUCCCGGCCUUCGUCCCGGCCAGAAUGGGUAGCCGGGCGCCGCCGAAAACUCGCAGCGUCGAAGCGCGUAGACGAGAAUUUCGUCGGCUUCGCUGUCAGUUUUUGCUACCUCAGGCUGUUAGGCGGGGGGGGGGGGAGGGGAAGAGGGAAGCGAAUUAGAGCAGAUGCCAAGCCUCCCACAGAUUGGAUAGCGGAGCCAGUUGUGCUUUGGAGCCCCCCCCCCCAACAUAGCAAUGAAGAGUUGUGCGAGGCUAGGAUGUCCUGAGUCAGCACAAUCCAUUACGUCAGGCUUGCACGCCGGAUAGUGACUGGGGUUGUUAGCAGUUCACAUGGCAAAAGGACCAGUCCGUUCAAGUGGCACCAGGAAAAAAGAAACAUGCACACAGAGCCUUUGGUUGGAAGGCACCCACUCUGACACACACACACACACAGAGAGAGAGAGAGAGAGAGAGAGAAACUAACCUGACUUCAGAAAGAAUUGUUUCACAUUCCUCUAUGGCAAGACUUGCCUUGGUUUACAUCACAGGUGGGGAAGCUCAAAGCCCAGGGGUAGCAAACAUGGCUCUCGAGACAUCUCUCUUCAGCUGUUGGGGCUCUCCUGGGCCAUGCCUCCUCCCCAGGUCGCUCCCCUCACUGACCCCGCUCCACACGCUUCUCCAGUUCUGUUGCCUGGCUAGGAUGUAUCCUCCUUGAAUUGAAAUAACACCCUUUGCUUGCCUGGAUGGAGAGAUGAAUGCAUAGAAAGGCACUGUGUUUAUCAUGCCUGACUGUCGUCACCUGUACAAAGAUAAGAGUCACCACAUCUGUUGCUCCAACUGCCACUGGGAAGUGGCUGCAAGGGGAGUGCAGCCUGCCCACCCUUGGUUUAAACAGUUUUUAUGGGGGAAACGGUUGCUCAAAUCGCCGAAUCAUAGAAUAGCAGAGUUGGAAGGGACCCUGAGUGCCAUUUCAUCCAACAUCCGGCAAUGCAGGAAUCUCAACAUCCACGGCAAAUGGCCAUCCAAACUCUGCUUUUGUGUUUCACUGUUUGAGCCAUCCUAUCUGUAUGCAAGAGCCAUAACUUAACUUAAUUAAAUAUAUAUCAUUUUAAUAUAGAUUCCUAAUAUCAUAUGUAUCAUUUGAAAGGAAUUAUGCUGCACGCAGUGAUUUGCUUCUGACAUUGUGAAGGCUCCCAAAUGCAGAUUUUAUUACACAGACCAGUUGUGCUUUGGAAUAUGCAUCUGGUGUGAAACCAAUCCACGAAUCUACCAGGUGGAUCAAACAACUCUCCAUGGACACAUCUGAUUAUUAAACCAGCCCACAGAUGUGCAUAGUGUAAACACAGCUAUACUUUUGAAUGUGGCAACACCACAUCUACACCAGUUUUAGUGUAGACCAAAUACGCCAAAAGACACUGAUAAGCAGUUAAUGUCAAUGAAGAGUGGCAAUGACUGAAAAGAGUGGCAAACAUCAAUUUUUAACAGACAAAGUACUUAUCAGAUGUGUGCAGUGCACACAUGCUUUAUGCAGCAACCACAUAAAUGUGAAUAAUUAUUUCAGAUCAAUGUGUCAUUCUUCAUUUUUUUCAGUGCCUGGCAGUUAUCCUCUCUGCCCUUUCUCAUUUCUGUUGCCCUCUUCCCCUAGCUGUUUGUUCUUCUAGAUCUGGAAAGGAGAACUUCAAUCUGAAGGGCUGAAUGCAAUGCCCCGGCCCCUCAUACCUGGCCCCUGGGACUCUCCCCAGGCUACAUCCCACACCAGCCUUAGUCCUCAAGUGCUUUUUCCUGACAGGAAUCUGCCCUUGAAAUGCAGCAAUGCCUCUAGCUUUGCUGGAUUGAGGAUGGAGAGAUGUACAUGGGGAGUGAGUACAGGAGGUUUCUUUCCAGACAAAUAACAGAGAUUACUAUGCUAAGGUUAGUAUCCUUCUCUUUACAAAAGAAAGCUCCACUUGUUUCUGCUUCCACACACUUUUUACUUCUCAACCUGCCCACAUUGGAAUCUGGCUGACAUAAGUUUGCCCAUGGGGAAAAUAACACCCCUAGGCUGAAAGAAUAUCCCCUGUCCAUGCUCUAGAUCACCUUUUGUUUCUUAAGCCUGUCCUGACUUCCACUAGCUCCUGGUGGCCUAGGUCCCUUGCUUAUUGUUUUUAUUUUCUUGGGACCUUCAGCCCACUAUGCUGAACAGCUCAGCCAGUGGAGAUCUCUGUCUGUCUGUCUGUCUGUCUGUCUGUCUCUCUCUCUCUCUCUCUCUCGGCACCUCAUCCAAUUCCUGCUUCUUACUUCUCCCCCAUCACCACUAUAUUUUUUUUACUGCAUCACAGCAUAUAUUCUGGAACGGAGCCUAUGAACAAAUAAGCACAUGA